GCAGUCUGCAUCAGCAAAGUGUCUUAGCAUCACUUCUCGUCCUCCUUCCUUCAGUGUCCAUUCCGGCGUCAUGUGAGCGGAGUUCACGGUGGUCUCUCUCCCUCUCUCCUUAGACCCGGACCCUUCUCCCGUCGAGCUCAGACGUUUGUGUCCUCGCUCCGGUUAGUUCCGGUGGGGUUAGCCUCCCCCCGUCCCUCGCUGUCCCCCGGUUUAUCCUGCACCCUUCGGCGUGCGGCGGAGCGGAGGAUGAGCGAGCAAGGGAAGGGCUCGGCAUCCGCCUCUGCCUCGGCCCCGGCACCGGGGUCGGAUACUUACAAAGGCUGGCUUUUUAAAUGGACCAACUACCUGAAAGGGUACCAACGGCGAUGGUUUGUCCUCAGCAAUGGCCUCCUCUCGUAUUACAGGUAAAUUUAGCAGAUAGAGUGUGUAGAAAUGAGUGAAAAUGAACGUUAAAAAGAGUCCUGUGUGUGUGUGUGUGUGUGUGUGUGUGUGUGUGUGUGUGUGUGUGUGUGUGUGUGUGUGUGUGUGUGUGUGUGUCAGCGCAUCAUUACAGCUGGCUGCUCAGCUGGCUAACACGGCGGGCUAAAGCUAGCUGUCAAACGGUCAGAGUCUGUUUACUUCGAGCUGACAGUGACUGAAACAUUCACCUUUUACUUCAGUUAUCGUGUAUUUUUGGGGAAGGCACCACUGUAGAUUGGUGUAGACAUAUCACUAAAGUAGGAAGGUGUUUAAGUUAAUAAUUAGCAGAAAAACGUCCACAAUAGAGAGUAUCAGACACUAGCUAGCUGACCAAGCUAGCUGUCGAGCUUCAACACUUGUCAGGUGGAGAUAAAGCUUCACUAUCAACAAUACGACCUCCCUGUAAAGAUAUAAUCACCAGUGUCGACUUAUUAUUAAUGUCUUCAGUAUUGUAUUGCAUAUGUCAACAUUUCUUUUACUUAAAAUGUCCCAAAUUUUGUUGAAUUCAUUAAUUCUCUGCACAGUUAGGGGAGACUGGGGUAAGUUGAGCCACCCCCUGUUGCUUGGAAAUGGUCAAAGAAAUUGAUCAUGUGACCAAAUAUUUAGGAGAUGGGCAUCAAUUCAUGGAGUCUGUGAAGGUUAGAAGCACAUGGGUGAAGGGGUUAGACAUUUAUUUACAAAAAAAUUACAUUUUAUACUCUUAAAAGUAGUUUUAGUCUGUCAUAAGUUUGAGUAAAAUUGUGUUCAGACCAUAGACUGUAUAUACGAUGGACAACUUGGUUUAGCCUUCCUAAAACCAACAUUGCGCAGUAGCGUUGUACGCAUUCGGCGGGAGAGUUGCCGAAAUCGCUGCGAUGACGCUCCGCUUAAACAGCGUAUCCCCUGGUUGAGCUACGCAAUCUUCGUACGCUCAUAGGCUGUAUCAAGUGUUAAUCAUAGAGAACAUGAACCCCCUAAUAACUUUUAAAAACGGAGCUGCACAGAAAAAAGAGGACUUGUGCACAAACCAGUCUCACAGUAACUACAUGUCAACAUCGCAACCAGGGGGGAGAAAAAAUUAUGUUCCAUGUAAUUAAUUUCUAAAGUUUGUCCAUAACUACAUAAGCGGGAUUUAUGACCUAUACUGCAGCCUGUCAACAGAGGGUGCUGUUUUCAGGGGGACUUCACUUAGCGAGGAGGCAGACGCUGUCCAUUCUAUAUACAGUCUAUGGUUCAGACCAAAAAAAUUAAUAUGAAUGUGAAGAAGUGAGAGAAGGUGAGGAAAGGCGAUGGUCAACUUACCCCAUACACAGGGUAAGUUGACCAUAGGAGACCACGUUUUUUGGCUAUAUAUAUAUGAGAAAUGGCUCAUCUUACCUCACUCUCUCCUACUGUCAACAAUACUACCUCCCUUUAAAGAUACAAUCACCAGAGUCGACUUGUUAUUAAUGUCUUCCAUAUUCCAUAAAAAGUGUCCUAAAUGUUGUUGAAUUCUUUAAUUCUCCGCACAGUUACCCCAUCUUUCUGAAUCAAGACUAUCUGGUCACUACAAUGAGAAAUUUGUUAAGAGAGCUCACUUUCAUCUUUGUUUGAUCACAGUUUUUUACUCUAAGCUAACAGCUAAAUAAAAGCCUAGCCAACACCUGUAGCUCUGAUGCAAGACAGCUGUGUGUGAGGCUCAACAAGGAAACAAUAAAUGAACCAGAAACGUUCAGUUUGUUUCAACACAGAGAACACAAACCGGUCAACAAAGACUGGUUAGUUUUUAAAGCAGCUUGAAUAACUCAUGUUGACAGAGCUGAAUAUUUUACAAGGAGUUUAUGACUUACAGUAAAAAGACUGGCUUCUCCUCCAUAACAUCAAUAAUUUCUCAUUGUCAGUUUAUUGUCUCUUUAACUUCGUUGCUGUCACAUGUGUCAGCUUGACUCUUGUCUUAGCUGACAGUACUCUGUUUUGUGACAAAUAUUCUUUACUUAAGGUCUCAGUUUUCUGAUGGAGAGCAAGAAGCAAAUUAAGCCUGGGAAAAUGACUUAAAUGGACCUCUGAGUUUCAAUUAUUUUGUCACACAGGUGCUUUGACAUUUCAGUGCUUUCAUCGCGUGGCUCUUGCAUGUCGAAACAGCAUUCUUUCACUGCAUAUGUUGACAUAAAAAAUACUGCUAAAUUGCCUUCUAUGUUUACAUUUUUUAAGUAGAUAUUAAUUUCCAACAAGCCAAAGUGUUGAAAUACAACUACUCAUGAAAAGAGCUAUCAUUGGACCUUUUGCAGCAAUUCAUCUAUAUAUGAGGCAAGAUACAGUAUUUUUUGCAGCAGUUUCUCACCCUGUCUGAUGCAGUUUUUCGAACUAGAUGACUCACCGCAGAAUGACGAAUAAAGGCACAUCCACUGAUGUUUACCGUCAUCAGUAACCAGCAUUACUGGCCGAAGCUUUGACUGUUUUAAGUUUCGAUCCUUUCAUGAAUCAGCUCUGAUUAGAAAACUUUUAGCUCAAACUGUCCUACAACUGCGAGCAGUGAUUUAAAUAAUUGAGAGAGCACAAAGCCGAUCCUCGUAGAUUAGAGUCUUUGAAUAUAUGUCAGAAAAUAUCCAUUUUUAGAUCUCAUAGAGGCAUUUCGCCAUUUCAUUCCAUGCUACAUCUUGGUGCCACACUUUUCUAAGCAGCCCUUGUUUGUGUUUUCUUUUCUCAACACUGUUAUUUGACACAGAGGUAGUUUAGCCAAAGCUGCAUGUGGUGAAAGGAAAGAAGCCUGUUGCCUCUCCCCUUUAUUAAUAGUCCAUUAUGUUGUAAGGUAACUGCUGUCCCUAAAGUAAGGGAAGCCUGACGACAUCUGAGCACAGAGGCAGUGAAGCGCACAAGUCGUCGUCUCCACUGAUGUCUCCCUGCCUGGCAGACCACAUUGUGAGUGUCUGACUUCAGGCACCGUCUGUGUCUGCCUGUACCUCCACUGGCCGACUGUUUGCUCCUCUAUUAAGAGCACAGUGAAAGGAAACAGUCAGACAAGUUUAAUAGCAUGUCAACAGAAGUGUCUUUAGUGUAUCCCAAAUAUUACCACUGUGGUAUCUUGUGUUUGUUUUGUCUUGCUGACGUUGACACACUGAAGGAAACAAAGAUCCCCUUUGUUAAAGAUUUAUUGCCAUUUAAGUCUAUGAUCAUUAGGUGGAUGUUUCAUCAGUGAUUAGACUCUAUCCUAAGAUUUAGCCCAAGGGAGUUCCUCUUUCUUCUUGCUCGCCUGAUCUCUUCCUUGAUUAUCAGCAUGCGAGAUUUGUUUGCCUUGCGUAAAGGCCAGUUUAUAACCAAAUCAAUAGUUACUAACUUAGUGAUUGCCAAUUCAAGGUCCAGCUAAUAACAGAGGGACCACUUUCCUUCUCAAGGCCUGCUGUGUCUUAGCACUCUAAGUUGUAGCUGAGGAGGCAAAGGGCAAUGGAGGAUCGUAAUCAAUGCUGUGAUUCUGUGGAUAGACUGACAGACUCAGCACUUGUGCCUGUUAAAAUGUAAUGACUUCAACAUUGCACUUGUUAUUGAUUACUUUUGGCCCCAACACUGCAAGGCUGGCUGUCUUUUAAUACCACAUCAGCCUUGUUGCCUGUCCUCUUUAGUUUAGUGCACAGAGGGAGCUUCAGUGCACCUUUUUCCUCCGAGACAUGUGACCAGAUCUCGUCCUCACUGUUUUUAAAGGGAUAUUCCGGCGUAAAAUCAAGUUAGGGUCAAACACACUGUAACACCGAGUUAGACACCCCCUCGAGGGAUGAAUGUUGCCGACCGCUUGCUUCUCUAGUUAUACCAAAUUAAGUAAUGACCACACGAUAGCAGUACACAGCAGUCUGAGAAGUCACACACAAACCUCAACCAAAACGUCACUCUAUAGCCACAAAUAAUGCUCAGAACAGCACCUAACUUCAUCAACAGUACAUAUAGGGUCACAGCCAUAGUACUAGCCACUGAACAUCUUUUUAACUUUGACUAAUUUCUUAAACAAAGAGACUAAACACAACUCACCUACUCUCUUCCAGCAGCCACUUGUUUGUACAGAGACCUUGGGUGAGUCCAUUGACUGCAGUGGAGUUUCGCAGCUCAAGGAAGAACAUUUAUGAUCAUAUCUUUAUCAUUUCCUUCAAGUAAUAAUCAUGGUUAUAAUUUUUCACUGCAGACGUGGUAGUUCUUCUGCCUUAGCAUCUCGGUCUGAUUGCAUUUCCAUAAAGAAAUUACCAUAAAUGUUCUUCCUUAAGCUGUGAAACUCUGCUGCAGUCAAUGGACUCAUCCAAGGUCUCCGUACAAACAAGCGGCUGCUGGAAGUGAGCAGGUGAGCUGUGUUUAGUCUCUUUGCUAAAGAAAUCAGGCAAAGUUAAAAAGAUGUUUGGUGUCUAGUACUAUGGCUGGGACCCUAUAUGUACUGUUGAUGAAGUUAGGUGCUGUUCUGAGCAUUAUUUGUGGCUAUAGAGUGGUGUUUUGGUUGAGCGUGUGGCUCUCUGUAUUGCUUGCUGCGGUUGUUAUAAAAGUUGGUAUAACAAGAGAAGCAGGCAGUCGUCAACAUUCAUCUCUCGAAGGGGUGUCCAACUCGGUGUUACGGUGUGUUUGACCCUAACUUAAUUUUACAUCUCUUUAAUUUCUAAACGGACUUUUUCUCACAGUUUUCAUACUCUCAGUCAAAAUUACUCACCUCUUCAAGUAUAUUUUUCUUGGUGCACUGAGGAAGAUUACGGGGCAUUAGAGCCUUGAGUGCUAUUGGAGCUGCCAUAUCAGAGGACCCAGCCUGGUCUUUGUUGAAGUUAAUUCAAACUUCCCCGAGUCCGUUGAUGGAGACUGGAACAGAGGAUUCACUGAGGCAAAAAGGUGUCUUCAACAAACCUUUUAUUUCGGCACAUCAAAUAACACAAGAUAUCUUGGAGAGCACAACAUCAACCCAAUGGUAUCUCUGAGGUGGUCUGAUUACUAUUUUUCAGUAGUUAAUAGUUAUACCCUAGGAGGCGUCUCAUCAUCUUUUUGGGCGGAGAGUUUACAUAACCAGCAGCCCCCAGUGUUUCUCUAUGGACAAACAAGCACAUAUUGUUCUAUUUUUUUUACCUGACCGAAACCGUGGUUUCAGGGAAGUUGAUCUUGGAUGCAUCCAGCGCUUGUCUCCUUUUAUCAUAUUUGCGUCAUGUAUUCCAAGCUUUCACUGAGUUCCCACUGGGCAGACUGCUGGGCAUGCAAACCCCCCCUUUACACCUCCCCAUCUUCUCAGGACAGAGUGAUCUUCCUCCCUCGUCCUGUUGUUCACAUCUCUGACUAGCACCUGCACAUCUGUUUAUGAAAGGCACAUCAUUAUCUAAGGCAUAUGUCAGGGCCAUAGAGCACUUUUAUAAGGAACACUUUUAAUGAAUGGCUGUGAUGAUUAUAAAGCACACUUUUUAAUAAAUGACUGUUAAGGCAGAACAGUUUAAAACCAUACUUACCAACCCUUGGCACUUCUAGGCAUAAGCUAAAAUCCUUCUAUACUGAAAGUCUCUGUUCUAUACAUUGUGACACAGUGGUCAAUUGCCCCCGUGUUAGCAUUAAACCUUCUAAUCUGACUCAUCAGUACAUGUCCGCAAUGAGCACACAAAAUAAUGUAAACACAAUAAGAAAACAGUUAAUUACCUGAAACAAUGAUUAAAUGAUUGUCAUCAAUGAUUAAAUGAUUAGCGUGAACAUGUGAUGGUUAAAUGAUUAGCAUGAACCUGUGAGUUCCCACAUCUUUCAUAGUAGAGUGAGCCUGCCACUUUUCUUCCUCGGCAGCAGGGGAGUAACAAGAUAUUAUCAAUCUAUGUGCUUGGCGGGGUAUCGGCACCAUUUGUGUCCCUGCUGGGAGUCAGGUUAUGGUGUAAGUGUUAGCACAUACAGCCAAUGGGCGCAGGGGAAUGGCGGCGGGGGGGAGAAUGGUCAGCCAGCCAACCUUCGGCCCAGCUGGAGGGUAGAGCCUGGCCUGGGCCCUGUUUACUCGCUUGGCACAGCAGCCAAGUGACUGGAGCAGGAGACAUAGAUGCUGUGAUCUAAUCUUGUUAAUGGGUUUCUUGUGGGUCUUAGUGUGUAUGUGUGUGUGUUAGUGUCUCUAUGUGUGUGUCCAGGAGAGCUUUUUUUUAUAUAUCAAGGUGACAGUGCUUAAGCGGUCCGGCCAUCUUCCCAUUAUGUCAUUAUUUCAGUCUUCAGCAGGUCAUGUCAUGCUGUCCAUAUUGCAGUGUCAUUGCUUUGGUAAUCUUGCGUUCUGUUUCCUCUCUGUUUCAUUUUUCCAACUGUUCCAUGUCUGAUGAUCUUUUGGCCCCUUACCGCAAACCCUGUCUUCAUUCUUGCCUGCGUGUACGCCUCCUCCUCAUGCUUGCGGCUGUCUUUUCUGUGUUGUUCACUGGUUGUUAUUCUGUCAUUACAUGCUCCAGAUCGGUGGAUGUGUGUUUUAUGAGGAUAUGUGCACAGGGGACCGACAGGUAAAGCAAUGCAAAUUCUGUCUUAGCUCAGCACGUCAUGCAGGACCCUGUCUCGUGCUCUCAGCUGCCCUCAUCCCACCUCCGCCCUCUCUCCCCUAUCAGUGCCUAGAUACUCCUGUAGUCUUUAAAGGGAUAUUCUGGUGUAAAAUUAAUUUAGGGUCAAACACACCGUAACACCGAGUUAGACAACCCCUCCAGAGAUGAAUGUUGCCGACCGCUUGCUUCUCUGGUUAUACCAACUUUUGUAACGACCGCAUGAUAGCAAUACAGAGAGCCACGCGCUCAACCAAAACGCCACUCUAUAACCACAAAUAAUGCUCAGAACAGCACCUAACUUCAUCAACAGGACAUAUAGGGUACCAGCCAUAGCACUAGCCAUCAAUCAUCUUUUUAACUUUGCCUGAUUUCUUUAGCAAAGAGACUAAACACAACUCACCUACUCUCUUCCAGCAGCCGCUUAUUUGUAGCAAGACCUCAGGCGAGUCCAUUAUGGACUACAGCGGGGUGAUGCAGCUCAAGGAAGAACAUUUAUGAUCAUUUCUUCAUGGAAAUACAAUCAGACCAAGACGCUAAGACAGAAGAACUACCGUGUCUGCAGUGAAAAAUGAUUAAUAUGGUGAUUAUUACUUCAAGGAAAUUGAUAAAGAAAGGAUAAUAAAUGUUCUUCCUUGAGCUGUGUCACCCCGCUGCAGUCCAUAAUGGACUGGCCUGAGGUCUUGCUACAAAUAAGCGGCUGCUGGAAGAGAGUAGGCAAGUUGUGUUUAGUCUCUGCUAAAGAAAUUAGUCAAAGUUAAAAAGAUGUUUGGUGGCUAGUACUAUGGCUGGGACCCUAUAUGUACUUUUGAUGAAGUUAUGCGCUGUUCUGAGCAUUAUUUGUGGCUAUAGAGUGGCGUUUUGGUUGAGCACGUGGCUCUCUGUAUUGCUAUGGUGCGGUCGUUACUAAAGUUGGUAUAACUAGAGAAGCAAGCUGUCUCGACGAGGCGUCUAACCUGGUGUUACGGUGUGUUUGACCCUAAAUUAAUUUUACGCCGGAAUAUCCCUUUAAUCUCACUUUCCCAGCAUUUGUAGACUCUUUGACUGUAUAAUUUCAUGGCCUUUGCAUGGCCUCGCCUCCCCACAGGGCAGGAGCGAUCAGUGCGGCGGAUCUCGUCUUACUCAUCUGCAGCACAUUCUGUCUGUUGACCCACUUACAGCAGGGACUCCACACAGCUGAUCUUGGCUGGGCUUGACUAGAAACCGAGCUGUUUAAGGGUCCCUGCCCGACCUCCGCAUGGCUCCGCAUGGCCCCAGCUCGGUCUUUUUUCUCAAAACUGAUGUGCACGGAGCAGGAGGGCAGCACACUGAAGCGCCUGUUCUCCUUUGGCACUAUAAGAAGUCUUGACUCCAACCAGCAGAAGCAGUGUGAGGGAAAUCAGAGUCUGCCAGGGUGUACAAACACACUUCAACCUGUGACUUAAUGAGGCGGCAGCAGCCACCUUGUCAGUAUCAACAAAGACUGGAGCUGGUGGAGAGCUUAGCACCACUGAGAGGCAGCUGUUGCUGGCAGUGAGGGCUCACUGUGGAUGGAUGACCGGGUGUUCGCACCCACAGACAAACACAGACACUUUCACAUGAUUGCUUUCGAAGUUGCUUUUUCCGAGAACAUGGAUGAGCAUUCAUGUGACACGGUGGGGUCGAGGAUGUGUUUGUUUAAUUUGAAACAGCCAACGCAGCAUGUGAUUCUGCCGAUUAGCUGCUGCUCUCUGGAUGAGGGUGUUAAUCAGCAAAAUCAGCUGUCUGUGGCUGGUGUGGGGACCUGCGUAAGCCUCAGCCCCCCCCAAGGGCCAUAACGAACUAUGCCUGCAGCUUAGCUUGUCUAACCGUGACAGAAUGACAGGAAGCCACUUUUCCACCGCUCAAUUGAAAACGCAAUGUUUCUCUUUUUUUAAAUAUAAUCCCAUUAGUUGUAGUAAUGCUGUUCUUACAAGGACGUUAUUCAGAAACCUGCCACGAUGUAGCCUUGUUUUUUUUCAUGCCCUUUGAUGAACUUCACAGUGUUUUUUAUGUUUCAUAUGAUGUUCAAAAGUCUUGGAGAUUUAUGCUGCAUGCUGUUUGGCUCUUAUAAAGAUCUAUUAUGGACACAUACUAUCUUUACAUUUGGCUUUGUCUUGCACAGCACGUUUUUGCACAACAUCCUCCUCUUGCCCUUGCUCUUUGUUCUAAUCUGUUACUCUGCUGCUUUGGCUCGCCCUCUUGCUAUCUCUCUCUCUCUCUCUUUCUCUCUCUCCCUCUCGUUCUUUUUACACUCUGUCCUCCCUUUGUUCACGCUGUUAUUCAUUGUUUAGUUUUGCUCACUACAGAGGCUUGGAGCCAGACAAUGGCCUUGUUAUCUAGACUACUGUGGCCCACUGAAUGUGCAACAGUUGGUCUUAGUGGAGGCUACACAGAAUACCCACAAUUCAGCAUAUUCACAGUAGUUCAAGCAGGUCAUGCUGAGUGAGGUAAAAUUUGAAGCUUGUUUAAUUUUUUUGAACAAUAGCAGAGACAGAUUUUGCAUUUCAUGAAUGUUUUUUUUAGAGAAAUUCCCUUUGCUGCUUGGCUUUCAACAUGAAUCCUUGUACUCUGUGGCUUUCUCUGUUCCUCUGCACAUCCCUGCUUGUGCUUAUUGGCUGUAGGACUGUCAAUUAUGCUUCCUAUUUCUGCAAAUUAUGCCAAUGUUUGAGACAACUGUUUUUAUCUGCUUUUUUCUCUCUCUCUUUUCGUCUUCUGUUUUCUGUCUUCUCUCUCUUCUCUGUCUGGUAUUUUGUCACAGAACACAAGCAGAGAUGGCCCACACUUGUCGUGGAACAAUCAACUUGGCCACGGCGCACAUCGACACAGAGGACGCCUGCAACAUCGUCCUGAGCAGCGGCGGCCGCACUUACCACCUGAAGGCUAGCACAGAAGUGGAGCGGCAGAGAUGGGUUACAGCGCUGGAGCUGGCCAAAGCGAAAGCCAUCCGCAUGAUGAAUGAUCAGUCUGGUAAGGACAGCUGGAGUGUGCAGCUUUUUACAUGGAAAGCUUGGGAUACGUGGCGUGCUUUUUAUGGUCUAAGUACCAUCUCUAGGGGCGUAAUAUAUCCAUGAGACAAUACAAGACAUUAACAGACAGGGUUUAACCAUGCUGGCCUGAUCCAGCCUUAGGCAAACGUAUAAAAGUCUGUUUAUCUUAGCUAGUUAUCAAGAUCCUCACAGAAUGGGAGUUGUGUUCAGCACAGGAUGAGAGUGUAAAGCAAUAGUCCUCAGGCAAGCCUAGAUAUAUUGAUGGCAUUUGAUAUUCGGCACAGCUGGCAUCUGAGCGUACGCCCCCCCCUUCUUAAUGUUGAGCUUGUUCCAGAUCCAGCCAGGAGAGGGCACUGUGGUCUGCCUUAUCGUGUGAAAAACAGAGUGGUAUGCUCAUGGCAGAGUAAAAACUCAAGACUCCUUUCAGCUUCCCCUGGACCACACAGUACUCUCCUUUCUUAGGGGACUUAUUCUUGUGUGGUUGCAUUAAGUGUUGUUGGUCAAAGGCUGUGGGAAAAGCCUGGGAGGGCCAUUAUUCCUCACUUCACCUUGGCAUCAACCCAAAACCGCUCUACCCCAGUCUUUUGCAGACAGGGUCUACAGAGACGGGCUAUAUAUUCCUCUGGCCUUCAUUUGAAAGUCAGAUCACUAAAUAUAGGCUGGGAAAGAAUGUGAACACUUUUGGGUUCACUACUUCCAGCAGGACAGAGAGGUGGAGGAUAGCUGGUAUAAUUGUAGUCGGAAAACUCGAGCUAUUAAUGCAGAGCACUUGAUUUGUAUGUAAGCAUGGUGUUUGUUUUUGUAUGUGUGUGUGGGCAAAUUUUCUCCAGCAUGGUUUAUUUUUGUAUCCAAUUAUAGUAUGUUAAUUUUCCCACUAGCAGCACACUCACCAUUCAGUUUUUUUAAUGUUUCAUUCCUGUUUAAUCCAUUAGCUGCUUUCUUUCUGUGGCUCUAACGAACUCAACACUGAAUAAGAGAGCAGUUUGUUUGAUAAAAUAUAGAAUAUUUAAACAAGUGAAACAGACUUAUUUUCCAUUUUCCAAAUUUUGAUUGAGGGUUUUCUCCUGAACCCAAUCUUGCACCCAGAUAUUUAUUUUAAGUAGGGCUGGGCGAUAAAUAGAAAAUUUACUGAUACUGAAAUUUAAGACAAUAACCAACAUCAUUUUGCCCAUGUCAAUAUAUUCAGUGUCAAGGGAAAUAAAUAAAAGUUGGUUUUGGAUGUGUGUAGGUAGGCUAUGGUCUCAUGUCCUUUUAAGACGCCGAUGUCGGAGACGGGUAAGGAGAUGGAGGACGGUUCAAAAGUUGUAGCAGCUGAAGUAGACGAAGUUAAUGUGGGAGGGGGUGAGCAGCUUGGAGUAGUUAUUGUCCAUUUAUCGUUAUCAAGAUGAACUGCUCAAUAUAUCAUGAUAUUGAUUUGAGGCCAUAUCACCCAGCCCUAAUUUCAAAUACCAAUAAAUUACCCCCCGAGGUCUGAAAGACAAACUGUUCCUUUAUGAAUACGUAAGCUUACAGAACAGUACCUAAUAUCAUGCGUUAGACUUAAAUCUUAUGAAGGAACUAGUUGUUUGCUUUUGUUUCACUCAGUUACUGCUGCCAAGCUUAAAGAAAAAUAUGUGCACGUCUGUGUUUUUUCAGGCUUUUCCUUUCCCAGCUUAUCUGUGGGGGGAGGAUUUCAGCGAAUGUGAGAUAAGAAACACUUGUGUGAGUCUGUCUACAGAAAAUAAAGCAUGUUAAAGAAAACGCUAACAAGGUCAAUGUUUUAGUAUUGCAGUGAAUGACUGGAUGUUCCCAAAAUUUACUUGUUGACUGUUUUGUCUUAAUCUUGUUCGUAGCAUCUCAUACAAAACCAGAACAGGGAUGAGUUGGGAUCCUACAUUUAUAAACCUGCUGUCCUCUCUCUGACUGGAGAUGAAGAGCUCUGAUUAAUCUCAAUAGAACACAGUGUUCGGCUUUGGCACUUCAUGAUAGAGAUCAGAUUUGAUUUGGUAUCCUGAACAUGACUGGUUGUUUAUUUACUUUGUCUAAUUUUGCUCCUUUUUGUCUUCUAACCGGAGCAGAAGGGUUUAGAAAGUUAAAUCCAAUAAUGCACCGUAAGACUCCCUUCAUAACAUCCUAACUUUAAUCUUAAAUCUGUCUUUGUCUGAGAGCUCUGGGAUUGUUUCUUUCCCCUCGAACCCUGGCCCCUCAAAUCAAUCACGAGAGCUACUCAUUGGCACCAAUGUCACACCCGAAGCCUUUACCAUUCAUAAGGCUUCUCUUGUAAAUUGCCUUUCCUUCCAUGAGUGCGUCUUGCUCUAAUUUAACCUGAGAUUGGAUUUCAAACAGCCAACUGGCGCUCCCGCCUGCAGUCAGAGGCAUUCAGCCAGCAGAUGGCAGCGUUUCCCCUCACUUCGCUGUGACCUCUCCCAUGGGUUCGCUCGCCUUGUUUUUUUGCUGCUGCUUGUGAAAGUGGGAUCACAACCCGCUGAAACGACCGUUCCAGUGGUGGCUUCUAUUUGAGAGCAUGACAUGGAUUCGUAUUCAUAAGCAACAUGACCUAGCACAUGCAUACAUGGUGAAUAUUGAUGACAGAAGGGAGGAGGUCUGGGAAAAAGCCAAAUACAGUGGAACCAAUCAUCCAGUCAGAGGUUUCUCUGAGUCUGACUGAGUUCAAGUCGAGGAGUCAGGAGGGGAACAGCAGCAGCCUCAGAUCCACAUUCGAUUUUCCCAGCAUACAACUGAUGUGUUUCAUCAUUUCAGGAACAACAGUGCUUUGAUCAGCAUCAGCAUCUGAUUAUCAUCUGACAGCGGUUACUCUAGUUUGUGAUGAAACUGGUUUUCAUGAGGUUUACCUCUUUCAAGCUCAGAUAUUUUCCUCAUCGUCCUGCUUUAGUUUUUUGUCCCUCAUUAUUUUUCUAUAAUCUUCUCCAUAGCUCAUUGUAUAUCACACUCUAGCUCAUGCUUUUACAGUAAAUGUAGUGCUCUGUCCAUGGUUCUGAACUGGUAAAAAAACUCAACAAUGUUAAGAUCUACUGAGACGGGCUUGAUUUCAUCAUAUUUAUGUCCCCCUGUGUCUUUUCCCCGUACACUCGCUCCGGCACUUGCUCUUCAUCCUCUCACUGUCUGGUUUUCCCGCCCCCUCCCUCUUUCUCUCCGUCCUCUCUCUCUCUCUCUCUCUCUCUCUCUCCCUCUCUUUCGGUAAGCCAUUUACUCUGCUUUUCACCCAGUGGGGUUUAGUCCUGAAUGGAAUGACCCUCGGCUGCUUUCUCCACUCGUUUCUUUCUCUCAAGACAUUUUCAUUGUGCUGCAAAGUCUAGGGAAAGAAGUAGAAACCGGAUAAGGCACAGUUUUUUCUCUUGUAAGUACUGGGCUUUUCUUCCAUUUUAGAGAAUGUGUGUGUGCUUGUGUGUGCGUGCACGCCCCUGUAUGUGUGCAUACACGUGUGUAUGGGAAAAUGAUAAGAUGCAGAUGUGUAUAAAUAUUGUACGAUUUCGUUUACAAUGAAUAUACAAGCAUAUCUGUUAUUUUCAACAUGAAUUAUAGUCUGUUUACAGGAACCAUAGGUCCCAGGAUUUUUCAGGAGACAAACUCUGUUUUGAAAUUUCACGCCAUAGCAGAACUAAAGUGAGGAGACAGUUAUAUGUGGAAGAUGUGAAUCUAAAACAAAGAUUUGAAUGUUUGUGCUGUGAGCCAGGCAGGAGAUUCAGGAAGUAGUUAUGAGUGUGCACUGAACUAGUUUAUUACACCACCAGUCUGAAUGGGAAUACGUGUUGGAAGAGUUGCAUCCGUCCCACAGGAUGAAAACAUUAGUUAAUUAACUGUUGAGAAAAUAAUGUUUAAACAUGAAAGAUCAGUAAAACUGGCACCCUUAAAACAGACAAUAUUCACCCUUUCUGCACUGGUGUAAGUGGAGUUUUAAAAUACCGUAUGUUUUUUCCUGCAUUACUCUCUGAACAUAUGAAAAGCAGUAAAGAUAUCACGGAUUGCGUGCUCAUCAAGCUCAUCAAUUAGUCCUGCAGAGGCUCUGUAUCGCACUGGUUGUCCUUGUAUAUCUUGGAUGUAAAAAAAGCGUGCAGGCAGAGGUCGGUUUGUUGGAUUGGCUCAGUCACUGGGGAGAUGGAGACAGAAACAGCAAAGUUAGACUCAGUCUUGUAUCUUAAAAAGCAUCACCCCUAAAUGAAGCUCUUUGUUGGUACCUCACAUACAGACCCGCCGUCUGUUAGACAGAAAUUCUCCUCUGGGACUGAUUCUUCUUCCUCGUUUUCUUGUUUUCUUUUUGUCUCCUGCUUUCCACCUUGUUUCUCACCUUUUCUGUCACUUAAAUCUGAAUGUAACAGCACGGCAUCCCUGUGGUGUCAAAUCUCGGUUGACUCAUAAUGGAUUUGACCUCUCUGAACUCACACUCCCCCUUUAAGCUACACAUCCCACCCACCCGCCACUGCUGUCACACGGACACAUCGAUCUUGGAGCCACAAACCACCCACUUCCUCUCCAAUCGGUCUGACCUGCUCUUUGAGACGAUUGUGUCUCAGUUAUGUCCCGCUGUUUAGAGUGGAUCCGAAACAAUGAGAACUAAUCGAAAACAUUAUCUUCACUUUCUCUCAAUAAGGCUCACGUCCUGUUUUCCAGCUUAACUCUUCUUCAUACAUCUGAAUUUUCACCUCUUGUCUCAUUCUUGUCUUUAUCUGUCAGUGGAUUUCAAAACCACUGUGCCUUUUUAGUUGAAAUUUAUUGAAAUACUUGUAAAACAACAGCUUCCUGCUUCAGAAAUGCUUUAAGGAUGUUUGAUAAAUGGUUUGACCACAAGCCUUUUCUUCUGAGAAAGAAAACCAUGAGCAUUUUACAGCCAACGUUCGAGCCUAUUGUAGCUUUUUAUUCUGUUCUUCCAUGGUCGUCCUCAUUUAUGAUUUGUUCAAAUACACGUUAAUUGACAGGAAACAAACAGACCAAGGGUAACCAGAGGUGCCAGAAAGACUCCAUGGUGGAUAAAAUUGACAAUAAAUAGAGUAAUUAUCUUUUGAUGUGGCAGCUUUGACAUUGUUUGAGCAUUUGCUGUAUUCACCAGAAACCAGAUCAGACCAUAAAUAGGAGGAUUUAACUGUAAAUUACUUGAAUUAUUCCGUAAAGAAGGCCCGCUUGUCUAAAAGCAGAAUACAAGGAUUAAUCUGUUCCGCUUAUUUUUGUACUGUAUGUGUUUCUGUGUUUGUCACGAUGUUUGAUUUGCCACAUCAGCAUCUAGUAUUUCCCUAUUUUGCCCCUAAUUUAGUAGUUUUGUUGUUUGGUCGGUGUCACCUUGGUGUAAAUCUCUCAACUGUGUUCUUGGUAACCCCACAAUCAGCAGACUGUGUUAUUGACUCGCUGCAUUGUUACACAAUCCAACAUUAGUGGUAUGAUUGUGCUGCCCUUUGUUCGACUUGCCGGGGUGUGUCUGCUCCGUAUGGGUCACUGUGUCCGAUGACCUGCUGUACCGUGAAUGAAACCUGAGCUCACUAUUCAGCUCACAUUGUGCCCCAGUUGGCAUCCACACUUUCUCUCUGCCGCUCUCUGAAGCUUUUCUGCCUCAUCAGCAGAUAGGAGACGACGCUGAGAACUGAACAGGCCCAUCCAGGCAGAUCAUUAAAAUUAAAAUUAGCUUAAUCAUGUGCUAGGCGGUCAAACAGGACAAUGUCGGAUCAGGAGUCAGAGUUUGUCCUUUUUCGUACUUUCGGCGACCUCUGUUGUUGAGACUCCACUUUUCAUAGGUCAGGUGUAGCUAUUUAAACCAACUUUUGCUGUAUCCCACAAUAGACUGAGAGAGGUUUGUCCCACCACAUUACUGAUAACUAUUUUAAACCAGGAGGUUCAAGAAACAUGGUCUGUAACUAUACAAAGCCAUUUUCUGGUAUAUCAGCUGUUUUUAAACUUUUCCCUCUAACUCUGUCGCUUUUGUUUGUGCUUUUUCUGUUGAGAGGAAGAAGUUUUUAAGCAGAAAAUAUUAGAAAUAUAUUUCCCAUAGGGCUGGGCGAUAUGGCCUCAAAUCAAUAACACGAUUUAUUGAUUAGUUCACCUUGAUAACGAUAAAUGGACGAUAACUACUCCACAAGCUGCUCACCCCCUCCCACAGCAAAAUGACGUCGGUUAUUGUCGUAAAUUUCGGUAUUGGUAAAUUUUUAGUUUAUCGCCCAGCCCUUAUUCCUCAUGUUAAAUAUUGAAAUCAAACUCCCUGAAACCAUUUUGUUUGAUAGGUACUAUAAUUGAGCUGUAUUCAAGAGACGGGCAUCAAACAGUGCAGUGAAAAGAUACUUCUGGGUCAGGAGUGAGAUUUUACUGACACACGUCCCAUUAAAAACAUCAAGAUUAGUAGAGAUGAGUAGAGUAGAGCUGGAUGAUUGAUCAAAUUUUAAUCAUGAUUUCGAUUUUGGCUUCUAACAAUCAUAAAAACAUUAUAACCAAAGAAAAACGAUUAAUUAAAACACUUUGAAUGCACCCCAGUUACGUGCAGCUGCGGCAAGUAUGUGAUGUAUGUGGAUCAAUAAUAUGAGGAGCGAGCGAUUGAAAACAUGGCAGAAAGGCAGCCUUUGGUCGAGAGGAAAGAUAGGACAAGUUCAGUUAUCCGGAAACGCACGUAUAUUGGUUUGAUAUAUCAUUAAAAGUCUAUGGUGUUUAUCAUGACUGUAUGCAAACCUUUCUAUUCAUUUACAUACACCACAGAAUAAUUGACUAAUUCAUUUGUCUAAGUGGGCUGACUGCUUGUUACAAUGCUAAUUGGAUACACAGAUGAGUUGAACAUGCAUCAAAGGGAGGAUCAUGCACACAGCAGGAGUUCUUAAUGAAUAUUUUCAUCGUGACACAACACACAAAUUUAUCAUUUUUUAAUAAACAUAAAUGAAUUUAAUAGUCGUGGUUUCAGGCAUGAAUGUGAGUUUAGGUGAGAUCAGUCUGGUGGUAAUGACUCACACCAGACUCACAGAAGCUGGUUUUGGCUGCUGAGAUGUUGCCACAUAUCUUUAGACACCGAGUUCUGACACCGAGCCAAUUAAAGUGUACAUGCAAGACUUCCUGCAAUUACCACUGUGCUGAGGCUUUUUAAAUGGGCAAAUGUUAAAAGUACUGCUUCAAUGCUGCAGCUCCGGUCGGCAGCUAUGGAAACAGUGGGUCAGGGGGAUUUCUUGGAUGUAUGCUUCAUCGAGUUAUCAGUGUAGUUUUCACAUACUUUUUAAAAAUGUAAGAUUGAUGAUUAUCUGCUCAAAUUUUGUGGAUUUUUAACAAGAAUCUGCGCAUCAGGUCGAGUUGACUUUACAUGCAAGUUUUUAGGAAAGACCCUCUACAGUAGCUGUCAUGCAAAGAGGCAGAAAAUUGUACUUAACUUUAUUUGUCAGAGAUGAUUCAAUGCUGAGUGAUUCAUUACUCGAGUGUAAGGAGGAUCUGCUGUAAUUUCAUACUGCCUCCUUUGGCAUUGUGUCUGUUAGAUGGAUGCUAACUAUCAAGUUGAAGUAUGGUUUCUCUGCUGUGAGCCAUGCUGGUGCAGGAAGCAGUCACUCUUAAAUUUGUGGUUAAUUAAAGAUCUUCCACCUCCUUCGGAUAAGCAGAUUAUUAUUGCCACAGUAAGAGCUUCAGUCAAUUAGAGGCCCUCAGAUACAGGCUAAUGUUUCACUGCAGUUGGUUUUUGUCUUUCCGGUUCUCCUUAUAAGUGAUCUUUUGUUGCCUUGGUGACAAUAAGGCAUCCAAAUGUCAGACAUGGUGUGGUCUUUGAUGGAAAUCAGUUUGAUUCAUACGGCUUCUGCUGCUGGAAAUGAACUGACUGCAACUCAGAAUCUGACUUCUGGAGAGGCACCUCGUCAAAAUGAAUCCCUCGCCGGGGUCAGAAAGUUUUUUUUUUUUUUUUUUAUUUGAGAGGAACAGUUUGUCCUGGUUUUAAUGAGCUCGGUGUUUGUGCACUCAGGCUUUGGGGAGUGUUUGGGUCCCUGGAACUAAACGCAGUAAUUGGUCUAAUGAGACUAAUUCGUGCUCUUUAAAUGUCCCCUUUCUCUUUAGUUUGUCUUUUACAUGGUCUGGUCGAAUGUAUGGUUAGAUUUCUACUAAAGUGAGAGUUUUGCAUGAAUAUCAUGUGAUAUUUUGACCUUUUUGUACUACACUCAAGAGUUUGGCUGUUUUUAACUUUCCUUAAAUAAAGGUGAUAACCAAGAGGCUGAAGUCAUCCUUCAAAUAAGGCUGCAUCUGUUCUUCCCAGAUUCUGCAGUAGAUACAAGCGUGGAGGCUCUGGUUAAAGACUAAUAAGCGCAGUAUAUGAUAUAAGUACUUAAAUCAGUCCUCUUUUUAUAUCCAUGUUUUAACUAUAAAUGAUAAUCAUUGUAUUCAACUUAUUAAAGCCCUUUUAACUCGCCACAAAUCGCUCCAAGGACUUUACAGAAAGGGUACUGACUGCUCUGAAAACCCUCAGCUCUGGACGUAUGUGAGAGGGCCUUGAGGAGCUGAGCUGUUACUUCACACAAAGCCUGCUGUUUGCACCAGUUGGGUCCGGCUCUCUGUGUGUGGCUAAGCUCAACAGUAUUGGAGAAAAAGUCAUGUAUGAAAUUAAUGGAGCUUUCAUGCCUCAGUUCCUGCUCGAACAUGAUCAGGACAUUUAGAGGAUGUUAUUUAUUUACAGUCCAGCAAUCUGUCUCUGUCAGCACUUCACCCCUCGUACGGAGCACAGCCCGGCUCCCCUGUUACCUGUUUUUGCUGUUAUCAGAUAUUUUACUGCAACCAAGAAAUGAGAAUGGGCACACUUAAUGCAGUCCUAUGUUUUUAGUCAUUGAAGGGACUUGGUGUUCUCUUGGCCUAAAUUUCAUAACUAUUUUUGUGCAACUUAUUCACGCUGUUAUGCACUAAAUCGAUGUAGCAUGAAGCUGUCUCAGCCCGGGCUUUUCUUGAAGCCAUAUUCCACAUAAGUUAAAAGCAUUACUAAUAGACUUGUGCUAAUUUUAGUGGGGAAACACAUUUCUGAAGUGUCAUCCAAGUUGAAGUGAGUUCUUCUCAGUUAUUUGAAGCACAAAUGUUAUCAGUGGCAGCAGCUGUAAAGUAGUUUAAAGACUGGAGAAGUAAAUUUAAUGUUUUUGAACCUGAAAUGUUUGAGCAUGGGCUCUCUUUGUUAUUAAGAUGACAGAUUUUUUUUAUUGUUCAGUUUUAAGUGUAGGUGAUAUGAUUAAAAUGUUACUACUGUAGCAGGAUUUUAAAGAUGUGAUUCAUUAACUUAAAGGUGGGGUAGGCAGGGAUCCAUUAAAGAAGCAUCUUUUUUUGUGGUAUAAAUACAAAAAAGCUUUUAAUAUCAGUCAGUAGCUAUCAGUUAUUGAUGACAUUUGGGAAUAUCACGAUAUCGCUGUGUUUUAUUAUGGCUGUGUAGUCAACAUUUUAACAUUUUUGAGCGGUCCGUUUUCCACCUCCCCGACCUGAUUGGUUCUGAGGCAGAUGCUGCUCCCUCGUGUUGUCAGGCACGCUCCACGUCUUUGAAUAACGUUCAUGAGCCCAAACAAAGUUAGCGUGCUACAAUAUCGGACAGUAGAAACCAACCAAAGAGUACUGAAAAUCGUCUGAAUUCAUUUUUGGCCACAACUACCAACACAAGCAAGAAAACGAAGUAAAUACCAGAGACUCUGGUGGAAUAAUGGGUGCUUAAAAAGGAGAUCGACCGGACAAGAGCUAAAAAGCCGGGUCGCUUUGAGAUCUUACGGACCCUGUUACUUUUUCACUGGACAAGUAAACAGCUUUACCAAAGUAAACUAAGUGUCUGUAACAGAAGUGUUUCUUGUCAAACGGGACCUGCUGCGUGUUGUAUGUCAUUUUAUCCUAGUUGUAGAAGUCCUGCAAACAUUGUUUUCUGCUGGUAGUCUGUUGGCAUCUACUGUAGCACCAAUGCUUUUUACUUUCAUGUUGACUGGGCCCCAUUUGUAAUCAUCUGAAGUAUUUAUCUGUUUGUUUGUGGGCGGGGCUUGCUGGAGCAGAGAGGGAGGAGAGAGGAGGAGCUGAGGGGAAAACUGGUUGGGAGGGGUAGAGUUUACAUUCAAGCUUUCUCCCAAAAACAGGUACUUUUUCAGAUCCUGCCUACCCCACCUUUAACGAGAAGAAAUGUGAGAAGUUGUUGAUGUCGAGCGUAGAGUUGGUUCAAAUCACUAAGAUGACCUUGAGUUGCACCACUGUGUCAAAAAUGCUGAAACACUGAAAUGAUAACCUUCAGCGGCUUCAGAGGAGGGGGGAGGAUUGUUUCAGGGACAGCUACGCUACAGUUUUACUGACCUUCCUUUAAGAGGUACUGAUCUAAAACUGUCCGUCUAAUAAGAUAAACGAUGUAGACAAAAAUAAUCAGAUUGGACAGCAGAAUAAAGAUGGAUCAGCUGGUAGAAAAUGACAAUGUUUUAAUCGUAUAAUAUUUUAUUUUACCGUACCACCCCUGGUCUGGUAGCACCCUGUCUCAUGAGUAUGUGGAAACUUAAUUUAAAACCUUUUUAUCCUUCAUAUCUCAUCCUGUAUAAACUCCUUUCAGUGUCACUGUUGAGGACACACAGCCGAUCUCAAACAUUUUCUUUUCUCCAAAUACGGUCGUCAAUUUUUCUUUGCAGCAGGCAGGGGUUAACAGAGAGGAAGCAAUGCAUUCUGGUCUUAGUUUAGUAGAUGACUGCUGGCUGCCAGUGUCUCUCCUCUCUGCUUCACUCACUCCCUCCCACCCUCUCUUCCACUCUGCACUGCACUGAGAGAAGCAUGUGGAGGAGAAUUGUAAAUGUGCCGAGCUUUGUGAAUGUGUGUACCCUGACUGAGUGAGUGUGUGUGUGAGUGUGUGUGUGUGUGUGUGUUCUCGGAAAAAAAGGGAAGCAAUGCAGGGGAGGAGAUAGGAAUUACAAGUGGGGGCGACUACACUGCAUCCCUGUCUUUGUGCUGUAUGUAUGUGUGUGUGACUCUGCAUGUAUGCGUGUGCACGAUGCAAUCCUGAACCGGGGACGUCGCUGCCUCUGGCCCCCCCUUGCUGGGAUUAUGUAGUGGCCCGGGGCAGUGUUGCGUCCCAGGGAGUGUGGAGAGGGAUCGGGCCUGCAGAGAGUGUGAUGAAGGGCCGGAGCUGCUGGGAGUCGGGGACGGUCCGCUCCCUCUGCAACUCGGGCUGCCUGAGUAAACUCAACAAGGGUCAGUACAGCGGUACGGCUAAAGCUAAAACACAGGAGCAUGGAGCCGUUGUUUUCCAACAAACCCUCAUCGUUCUGCUGUUUCUCUCUCAUCGGACGCAUUAAAGUUAGCUGUCAUCUCUCCAUCCGUCUCUCUCUCUCUCCUUCCUGCAUCUGUCCUCUUGUCGCCACGGAUGCUCACACUGUAGCAGCCUCCCUUUACAAAGCAGCGCUCCGUGCUGUAAAAGGAGCAGUCUGAUCUGUCACUCCUCACUGCAUGCGGUCUCCUUCUCUCUUUCUUUCUUCCUCCUGUGCCGCUCUCUCGCUCAGACUCAUUUCCUCUCUUUUUCUUUGCGCCUGCUCCACCUCACAUUUGCAUAUGGAUGAGUUGGAGUCUGCCGGGCCUUCAUGUUGUACUGGCAACAUGCACCUGUGUUUUGCGUAUUCUAUGUGAAGAAUUCCCUGUGCCAUCAGAAACGGCUAAAUGGGUUAGCGUUUCGUGUAUCUAGAGACCCGGAAGUGUCCUGUGGUCCAAAUUCGACACAAAGGUUAUGAGGGUAACUAAUUACUGCUGAUUCACAACAUGUUUCCACUUUCCACUGAAAAGGAAAAUUAACCUGCAAAACAUGGAGUCCAGAUGGCAGAGAAUUUGGCACAGGACCAGUGAAAAGUCAAUUAAAUAGGAUCAAAUCCACCUUUAAUGAUUCUGUCUCGACCUUGAAUGGAGUACAAAUCUGUGAAAUCUUCCGUCAAUGUUUCAUCCUUUACUUCCUCCACCUUUCUCACGUCACUGCUGGUUUUAUUGUUCUUGCCAGCGGCAGAUUUGGACGUUGUUGAAUCGAACAGCUGUGCUUUAAACCUGGAGCUCUGUCUCCUCACUUUCUGUGUUUGCUCACUGAAAUGAGUCUGGCAUAUGUGGUACGGGCUGUCUUGUUUUAUGACCUGUCAUAGUUCCUGCCCUAUAGGAACUCCACUAUAGGAGGAGAUUUUAUGAAGAACAUCUUUUAAAGACCAGCUCAUCACAUCUGUGGACAUCGAUCUAAUCACUCCAGAUCCCCCGAGGACAAUAGGAUACUUACUGCUCUCUUGUCGUGUGAUUGCAUAUUGUCCAGAUGACAGAGGCCUCCAUGAGAAAGCCCCAUGUAACAGUUUUAGUUUAUUAUACUUAUAUAACAUAGCACCUAAUAAUAGCAAAACAAGUUCAUAGCCUAUACAUACAGCAUGUAAGCAGAAAAAUGGACUAAAAUAGAAACACGUUUCAAAUCAAGGAGAUAAAAGUAGAUCCUAAGGUGUCUCUGAAAAGCCUCAAGAGAGUCCGCCCAUCUAAUGACCUUGCAGAAAGCUAUUUCAGAGCCAAGGAGCUCCUCCAGACAAAGCCCCUCUCCUGGCCUUCCUUUUUGAUCAGGGCACAGCCAGUAAGCCCCUCUAGGAGGAUCUGAGGGGGUCCUCUAGUGCUGUAAGAGUUGAGAAACUCUGAGAUGAAUAAAGGAACAAAACCAUAAAUACGAAUCAUAAGAAACUUGAAGUGAAUUCUGAACUAAAAGGGCAGCUAUUGUGAAGAUUCAAGGAUAGGAGGGAUUCAAUGAUGUUUUUGAUCUGUUCAUAAUAACUAGGCAGCUUUUUGGACAAGAUGUGAUUAAUAGGGAAAUGUUGGAGUGAUACCAGGAGGGUAAAAUAAGUUGCAGAAGUGCACUCUGGGUAGUAUCAGUGUGUUAAUGACUGUUUCAUGAUCACAGGGCGAUAAUGAGAGAUACCUUAUUCUGGAUAUGGUUCUAUGGUGUGAGUCUAAGGAAGCUGAACCUGAUAACUGAGUUUAUCUCAGUGUUGAAUCUUGAGUAACUCCAAGUAGGGCUGGGCGAUGAACCGAAAAUUACCGAUACUGAAAUUUAUGACAAUAACCAACGUCAUUUGCCCAUGUCAACAUACUUGUCAAAAAAAUAAGUAAAUAGAAGUUGGUUUUGGAUGUGUGUAGGUAGGCUAUGGUCUCAUGUCCCGUUUAAGACGCUGUCCUACGUCAGAGACGUGACUCCAUCCCAUCCAGUCCAUAACAAAGAGGGAAAGACAGGUGAGGAGAUGGAGGACGGUUCAGCUUGUGGAGUAGUUAUCGUCCAUUUAUCGUUAUCGAGGUAAACUGCUCAAUAAUAUUGAUUUGAAGCCAUAUCGCCCAGCCCUAACUCCAAGAUCAUAAAUUAAAAUCAAACACUUUCUUUAUGUGUGCUUGAAUUAUGACUUUCUGUUAAAUUUGGGCUGACUUAUAUGUGAAAAACCGAUACAAACAGCAUCUUUGACCAAUAAUUAUUCUGAUAAAACAUGGAAAUGAUUUUAUUUUGAGCAUGUAAAGAAAUUAAUAAACCAUAAAAAGCACCAGACCCCAUAUUGAUACAGCUGAAGUUUUACAUUUUUCUGUUUUUGAUCUGGCCAAUGUAAAGUAAAUGAAAGGUAAAUUUCAAAAUAAUGCAUACAGGAAAGUUGUAGCCUUAACAAACAAGGAAGCUGUGCUGUUAGAGUGGAAUCACAGCUUUCCUUACUAAGGAGGUACUGUAAAUCAGCCCUCAUUGGUACCAAUGAAAGCGCAGACCGAUCCUCAGCAGAGCACAGUUUGAUGUAAAUGACUCCAGUAACAAUGGUAAAUUGAUGGCUCUGAGCCAGUAGAAACUGCUUUAGCCCAUAAAAUUGGAGGCUUGCUGUUCCAACUGGGCUGCUGUUGUAAAAGGUAACCAAGCCUGAAUAACAAUGUGGAGGCACACAUAUUAAAAUCAUUACAUCUGGUUUAUAACCAUGUCAUUGUCAUCAUCAUGAAAGAAAAUCUGCAGAAAUGUAAGAGGAAGAAGAAGAAAGCGGCACAAGAGUCACUGGAGAGAAAGUGAGGAAGGGUAAAUUCUCGAUGCUGACGGACCGAGCUGCAAUGUGACAAGUAACUGCAAUAUUUUGCAACUCCGGUCCAAUUAAAUUCAAACAACCACUUGGUUCUGAAAAAUAACAGGCACAAACAGAGCACCUACAAUGAGCGGCUCCUCCUGACCGUCGCUUCACUGUUUCUUUAUGAGAACUUUGUGAUUAUUAAUCUGAGAAAUCUUCUUAUCCAGUGGAAACAUCUGGCUGUUCUUUCAUUAUAAAUCAAAUUAUUUUGAUCUGAGACACAAAUGUAAGCUCCUCUAAGGCUGCACUGUCAUGUGAGAUUCCACAUCGUUUAGAUAAUCAGUUCUUAGUGAAAUCUGUUUGUGUUCAUGAGAAUAUGGAAACUCAGUUAGUGUCCAAGUAUCAUUUUACUGUUAUCUCUCCGUAGUUAGAAAGUCUUGCAUGCAUAUUUAAAGAGGGUGAAAGCGUAAGGUUAGAGUGCAGGGUCAGACCCCGGAGCUCUUCUUCCUCCUCAUUACUUUAUUUUUUGAAUAUUAAUGCACAGAACUGAGAGUUACUGUUUGGACGCCUCACUGCUGCUCUGUCAGUCAUUCACCUGUUUUCUGCUCAUUAUGUUGCAGAGCUAGAACCCAAAUAUAAGUCGUCAUACUGCCGUGUUUUACAGACCAUAAUCAGGAUGUUGCAAACAAACAAUAAGUAUAUAAAGUAGGUCUGUACAAGUUGUCUGUAUUUGCCAAGCCAGAGAUUUUAACAUUUUCCAAGAUGUUUCAUCACAAAAUUCACAAAUAGCCUCUUAUUUCCACAUGGAAGCAUUUCUGUUCAUUGAUUUUUAUAUAUAUAUAUAUAUAUAUAUUAUUUUAAACCAUGGCAAUCUCAUGAGCGCUAUGUUUUGGAAAAACAUCAAAACACUGAGCACAUUAAUUAAUGAGAGCAGGCUUUCUUUAUAGUUUUAUCCUCAUUUUUUUUUUUCAUGUAUUUUUCAUCCUCCCUCAGCCUUGGCAGCUGUUCACAUGUAUGUAGAUUCAGAUUUACUGUAUGUGAGCAGGCAUUCAGAUCAUAUAUGCACAUGGGUUUUUAGAUGAUUUGUUGGGUACAACAGACCACUGGAUGUUGGAGAUGGUAUAGAAACAUUUGUGCUUGAAUAUUUUAUGACUGCAUUGACACUCUGGUAAUCCUGUUGUAGACAAGCUAAGUUAGCAUCCUGAGGUCGUAGGACAACGAAUGACCUCUACCUUAAGAUCUACACAGUUAUGCAAGAACCAAUUUUCUCUUUCUAAGCUGUGAUGCACCAGCUGGGAUUUAAAAAUGCCCCCUGCUUACUGGCAAAUAAAUCUAUAAUUUAGUCCGCUGCAGACUGAUUGUUUUUCUUUUUGUUUAUCCCAGCAGAUUGUGAAAUGUUGCUGAAUUAAAACUCAUUGCUUAGAUUCUGGAGUUUGCUGUUCGUCUCUCCCUUUGUUUGCUGCGUCUCUGAGAGGGUUCGAUUAGAUGCAUGGCUAGAGUUGUACUGCAGAGGUUUGGGGACAGUGAUGAGUUGCACUGCACAGUUUCUCAUUUGCUUGUAGAAAGCCGGAUGCUGCAUUACUAGAUUUAACCUGCUGUCUCCUCUUUUUGUCUCCUUGUGAUGUAUCUCAGGGGAAGGACGGAGAAAGUUAGCAAUUACUGGCCAGGAUUUCACUCUCCUCCUCUGGGAUAGCUCCUCACUCUUCAUCUGGUUUUUGUUUCCAAUAUACCUCUAAUAUAUUCUUUUUUUUUUUUUUGGCACACUCCAUCAAAAUAGUCAGCUGCCAAACAGUCUGCUCCAGCUCCUCUGUGCUCUCACUGCUACAAGAAAUCCUUUCGAACAGGAGUGUAAACUCUCUGUGCAGAUUGGAUGUGCAUUUAGACAGGCUCAUUACAACCAAAUCUGAUUGUUAUGCCUUUAUAAAUACUGAUAUUUGUACUGAGGUUAAAUCAUGGUAAAAACAAGCAAACAAACAAAACAAAAAAGGGGAAACUAAGUGUAUGAGGGCUUAAAUUUCAGCACAGAAUUACAAAUAUGGCCUUUAAUCAUGUUUUUAUUGAACCAUCUAUGUCCCCCUGUUUUUUAAAUGUGGUCCUGUGUCUUUGUUUUAUUGUUUGUGUUACUUUUAUUGUUUUUAAAUUUUUACUGUAAAGCGUUUUGUUGUUUUUAAAUGUGCUUCAUAAAUAAACUUGGAUUGGAUUGCAUAACCCGCACAAAAUAUUAAAUUUCUGGAGCUCAUAAGUUGAGAAAACACUCUGCGCUCUAAAUUUGCUCAAACAUGAUCUGUAGAGAUGGUUAUUUUACUGUCUGGCUGGUGAUUUGCAAACAUCCUGAACACUACAUGUAAUUUAAUACGAUGCAAAAUAAACAUGCUUCUCGGGUUACUUUUUUGUAGGUAUGCACAUCUGCAGGUUUGGUUUUGUUUUUUCAGUGUCCUUGUUAUAAUAGCAUAGAGCUGGGCGAUAAACCGGAAAUUUACCGAUACUGAAAAUUAUUUUGCCCAUGUCAAGGAGAUGGAGGAUGGUUCAGAAGUUGAAGCGGCUGAUGUAGACGAAGUUAAUAUGGGAGGGGGUGAGCAGCAUGUGGAAUAGUUAUUGUCCAUUUAUCGUUAUCGAGGUGAACUGCUCAAUAUAUCGCGAUAUUGAUUUGAGGCCAUGUCGCCCAGCCCUAAAAUUGCAUAAUUGCAUGAAUCGUCAUUAGAUGGUGUACACCUGUAAAGAUUAAGUUAAAGUUGGUCACAAACAGAGGAAUAAAAUGUGGGCUCUUUACUAAAACAUACCUAUUUUUCUGACUUGAGCAUUUACUCUGAUCAGGGUUUAGCCUUCAACUAACUUUUAAUUCUACCUUUAAUCCAGAGGAGAAGUACAAUCCUCCUAUAUGCUUGUCUUUCUGCCACAGGCCGACAUCUUGUCAGCUGGAGGCCUUGCUUGGCUGAUCUGACAGCCUGUCCUCAGAGACGAGCAGAGAGAUGAGCCCUGACUGUGGGACAGCUGAGAGAGUAUUGCUCUCUCUCAAUUAUAUUCUCCCACAUCCUGCUCUCUCUCUCUCUCCGUCUCUCUUUGUCUUCACUCUUUUGUGAUUGACACUGUGUUGGACUAAUGAAAAAGCGAAGAGCGAAGACGCUAUCUCUGCACGCUAAGAAGAGGAAGAAGAAUAUGGAAGCGUUUCAGUGUAUUUAAUGUGGCUUCUGAGCUGUGACCUGUAAAUGUGUGUCCUUACUUGCCUCAGACACAUUUAUGUGCUGCUCAAAUUAUAUUAUCAUCCUGUGAGGAGGAGGAGGAGGAGGAGGGGGCUCCUGCAGAGACACAGAGGGAGCUGGAAAGAUAUCCACAUUUGUGUAGAUGCAGGGUAUUCUCCAAGGUGAUGGGCUGUAGAGGAGGGGGGGUGGGGGUCUGCCCUUGAGGCAUGACUGGUGUUGUAAUGGGCUCCUGGCCUUGCCUCAUGGUGUCGACUCCUCUUACAGAGAGCCAUUUAUCCACAUCUGUUGUCAGGGAGGAAGGUGUUAGAAGUGCGAGGGCUGAGCUGGACAGUCAAUCUGGAGCACAGACGGUAUAUAGACAGGAUCUCUAUUGAUACAGAUUUAGUGGACGAUGCUGCCCUCACUUUUUACUCCGGGUCGGCGUGAUUUACAGGCGAGAAAAUCUGUUAAAGCAUCUUUGAGGAGGUUUUCAUCUCCAGUAGUCAAACAUGGCUGUCAGUGCGUGACAUUUUAUCAAUGGUUCCUCCUCUGUGAACAAAAGGACAUAACAGAAAGGACAUUUCUGACAUACUAGUGGAAGCUGCAUUUCCGUGAAUUGAGCUUAUGUCCUGGUUUCCCCCUCGCCUUUUUAAUGGUGUCUGCACAAAAAAAGCCAACAGCCAAAGUGUGCAUUCUUGGAGCUCACAACGUGUUUCAGUGAGGUUUGGAGAGAAAAUUAGCUUCGCAGGCGACGUGCUGUAAGCAGAGUCUCCUCUAAACAAAUACGCCUCGGUACAUGUGACAGUUUAUUUUUAAGUUGCGGCGCUGAGAGCUGCUGAACUCAUUGGCAGAAUGAGGGUGAAUAAUAAGAGCAGGCUUUGGCUGCAGUGUUUUUAACAUGUCUUUACUCAGGCACAUCUUUUUAAUUUAUCCCUUUACAUCACAACUGCACAUGCACUUUAUUGGAAAACCAGCCCUGGUGUCAAACACAUGUUCAGUUCUCUAUAGACACAGAUUCAACCAAAGCUUUGCAUGGUUCCCUCUAAAAUGUCUUCACACCAGCCAGUGUCCCUGCAGAUAACCUAAAUAUCAUCCAGUCCUUACACUGAAAUUUCACACUCUUAAAUGUGGGCGUGAGGCAGAGCGCCGGGGUUGAGUUUCCUGCUGCACAGUCAGGAGUGACAAGUUGGGUGUUGAAACAGACCCUCAAAUGCUCCUCAGUUCUUAUUGAUUUUAUUGAAAAUUAUUGAAUGAAAAACCCAGUUAAACUGUUAUGUAAAUGAAAGUGGAGCUGGGUGUAAUAAGUGUAAAUGUCAGUGUGUCAUGGUGCACUGAGAUUUAUUACUAAUUUAUUUACCAUUGUACUUUAUAUUCCCUGGUCAGUUGGAUUGUUUUUAAGACACGCCGGCUUGGUCACUGGUAUAUCUUUGUUUAGAAAGGCAUUCUGGGUGAAAUAGCAGCUUUCCUCCCUUCUAACCUCGAAAGGAUGGACUUCACCAUCUUUGUUCGUGUGCAGUUUGUUGUUCCCAAAGUUUAAGGUUUUCUGCACCUUUUUCCUGGGACAAUCUACAGACUGAUUUUAAACAAAAAAAACUUAGUAAACCUGGAUUAUUUAGAAUCAGCUUUAAAGCUUUAAAGUAGUUAACAAAACCAUAUCAGUUGUUUGUAAUACUGCAGAUGAGAUAUAUUUGAAUUAAUAAAACAGUAGAAUUCACGCAACACUUAAAAACUAAGAUAUUAAAAUGUAAAAACUACAAAACACCAACAUUAAAACCAUCUUAUUUAAGUAUAAUGCUUUGUUCACUCUGCAGAAAAGCCUGAUAGGUCCCUAAAAUCAGAUAUUAACCCAGUUUUGAGUUUGUAAGUGAUCACAACAGUAAUCCUGAUAUUAUCAACUAUCCUGCGUGGCUUUCUGUGGAAAGGACAUCAGCAGCUUUUCAAAUUCAGAGAUUUCUAAAACCUGAAAUAUGUCCUCUGCUCAAGAAAAUACAUCAAAACAAAAAUUCUCAGUAUUUCUUAAUUUUUCCGUCAGUUUAAAUAGUUUGAGACUGUUUUCUAAACUUUGAAAAUAAAUCCAAUUAAAUGUGAUUCUGGGCAGGCUUAUUUAUUCCUCGUGAGAGGAAGUUCAGAACUGCACCAAUUAACCAAAUCAGUUCUCUGUUUAAAGCAGCGCUGCUUUGGUCACACUCGAUCAAUUUGAGGCUUAUUUCAUUAUCCUGCUCUGUCUGAACUCGCUCUUCCUCGUCCCCCUCUCACUCGUGUGUCAUGCUUUUCUUUUUACUGGAGCUGUACGUCUCUGGACACACUCUCAAGUCUAUACUCUGACUCUACAUUUACCGGACUUUCUCUGCAGUGAGUGGAGUGCAUCGAAAUGUGGUUUCAUUAGCCUGUGAAUGAGUGGAUACCAGCGUCACCUCUGAUUCAUGGUCUCAGCAGGUUUCAUUGUCCGGCUGUCGGGCGGCUCGGUUGACCUUUGGCUGCACUGUUUUGUUUUUGACUUUGAUGAUCAGACAGUUGUGUGUCUGAAAUCCACUUCAACAUGUUCACACGUUAGCUCUGUGUGUGGCCUGUCUGUGCCGCUUCCUCCAGCCUGAACUCUGGUUACCUUUGGGUGAAAAUGGAAACUCAGGAUUGCAAACAUGGUGAGAUAUCUUUACCUCUCAUUCGUCUCUUGCUCAUCCUCACAGAUUUUCUUCUCUCUUGCCCUUUUUGAUUUGCUUUUUGUUUUAGAUGAGCUGGCUUGACUUGCAAAUGUUUGUAAAAUAAGACGCUGUUUAGCCUUUCCUUGAAUCCACAGUAUUUUGUUCUCCAUGGUUAAAUCCAAACCCUUGUUCUUGACAUGGGCCUGAGGCUCAAUGUAUCAGAUUAAGUUUAAUUUAAGUGUACCAUGAGUUUUAACUUUGGCAUCUGCUGCUCUGGUUAGCGGUAGAAUAAAAUUUACCGCCUUCUUUGGCCAUUAAAAUGCAGUAAAAGUGAUAAAAACCAAAACAAACACACACUGCAAAACGCAAUUUGAAGCAAUCCCGACUCUUUCAGGUUUUGUCAUCAUUAUGUAAAAAUUUUGAGUGAAAAAUGGUCCGGGGCCCAGAGCUAUGAGGAGUCAGAAGAAUAGCAUUUCAUUGCCAUUAAAUUAAAUGGUUUAGAGAUCUAGUUGAUUCGAUAAAAUCAUGAAUGUAGUUAUAAAAUGACUGAAUAUUUUGCUGUUUUCAAGUCUGUGAACAAACUAAAGGGUCCUUGAGAGUUUUUUUUUCUGCUUUUUCAAGUCAAACAACAACAGCAAAAGUAUAGAGUUUAGAGUAUGGAAAAAAAAAGACAGAGUAUGGACGACACAACAGCUCCCCAAUAUUGAAGCCAUUACUUUUAGCUCCGCCUCAUGACUGACUAUAGUGUAGGUUAAGAAACCUGCCUCAUCCCUUAACUCUGUCAUACUCAAUAGUUAUCAGUCUUUAGCUAAAAUCACUUUACCUGUGUCAUUUUUAAGGGCUUUUCUUCUGCAGAGCUCCAGUAGCUCAUUAGCAGUUCGCCUCUGAGUCGUGGGCAGAGACUACAUGGUCGGUGUAGUCGAAGUGGCAGGUAACAUAGGAGCUAUUCAGUUCUUGAACACUAGUGUCUUUAAGGGCAUGAUGAAAGCUAAUACCAUAAUUAGCUUUCAGGGUCUGGCCAGCAGAGUGGGGCACUGGGGGCGGAGCAUAGUUUUGUGACAUAGAAAAUCCCACUGUGUCUGAGCGUGCCUUUUGGAUCUAUCAGAGAUUCACAGCGAUUUGGAUAAAGAAAUAUUCAGAAAUACAAUUUUGCACUUACUUUUCUCAUGACAUGUCCUCAAGCAUCAGAGAAAUGCCAUAUGAACAUAUAAAAAACAAGGAAAACAUGAUUUUCAUUGUCGUGGGUCUUAAACUUCUUAAUCCUACGUGCUGCGGUGUCAUUGAAAUAAAAACCACUUGGAAAACAUCGUAAUAAUUGGGGCAUAUUUUAUUUGUCCGACGGGAGCGCUCCUUCAGUCGAGGCUGACAUUCCCCUGGAGGACAAAGUUCUGGGUCGAUACUAAACUCAGCAUGACGCUCUUAUUUGUAGCAGUCCUGAGACUGGUAGCUACCCGCAUCCCCUGAGCAGGAAUUCAUGUUUCUCUUUCUGAAAGCAAAUGGACAUGAUGGAGGUGAUGGUCUCUCCAUCUCUAAGGUCACAGCCAGCUGCAGGGCUCUUUGGAAAAGUGUUGGUGUAGUUUCGUGUUGCUGUCUCCUCCUAAAACUCUGAAAGUCAGAGCAGACAGAGCAGACCAUAAAGUACUGUGCAGCACAGAAAACAGAGACACUAAAGCAUCAGAGGGUUCGGGGGGUGAGUUAGAGAGUGGGGAUACUGUCUGUCUGCAUCACAGCCCCCCUCUGCGCUCACGCCUUUGACCUGAAAUAUAUUUUCCUCUAAAGGAUAAACAAAAUCUCUCUUUGCUCAUUUUGCUCAUACUCCUCUUUCUUUAAUAUGUCAGCUCUCUGCUGGGAUUGUUGUUGCUUUUCUGCAAGUUGAAAGUGAUGGUGCUCGCAUUAAAGCCGAGGCUUUGAAUUUUUGCAGCCAUAUGGGCUUGUUUUGUCAGCCGUAUUUAUUCAAACUGAAACACACAAACACAGUCUGGAAAUAUUAUUUCUGUGAAAAUAGAUGUGAUACACAGGUGUGCAAAUAUUUUUAAAAUGCUCUUUUUCUUUGCUUAUAAAACAGGACAUACUCUGUGGUGAUCUCAGUUCAGUAAAUCAGAGGUUCCUCUUCGGUUGUGUUCCUUUUACGAUGUCACAGCGUUGUUUUAUGACCCUUGGCUUUACCCUCGGUGUAUUUCUGUCUGUGUGUGUUUGCUCGUACUCGUCCUGUGUCAGUGUGUGCGUGUGUAAGGCUGACGCUGCAACACUGUUCUCGUAUGUUCUGUUUAAGCUCGAGUAACCUCUCUUUAGUGACAUCACAGUGCGAGACAGCUGCUCUCGCAAAGAAUCAUGGGUAUGGGCUUGCUCUCUUCACUUAAAUGCACCAGUAUGGCCUCUUUUUACAUUUUGAUGGGUUGUUAAAUGUAUCUGCAGUCAGACUUACUCAUGUUCUGUAUGUUGUAGUCUGAUAGGUGAAUUUUCUAAACUAUCAGGGAUUUGUUAUUGAACAGACUUCUAUUUAAACCAAAUGAAACAAAAAAGUAAAAAAAUGUGAAAAUUACUACUCUGUAAAUUAUGCUUAACCUUACACAUUUCUGUUGUAUUCUAUCAUUUUAGAGGGAUGUUUCUAUUUUUUUUUUGACAAGCCAGCUGAAGAAAGACAGGAACUGUGGGUACUGGAGAGUGUGGGGAUGGCAUGCAGAUAGGGCUGGGCGAUAAACCGAAAAUUUACCAAUACUGAAAUUUACGACAAUAACCUACAUCAUUCUGUCCAUGUCAAUAAAUUCAGUGUCAAAAAAAUAAAUAAGUAAAAGUUGGUUUUGGAUGUGUGCUAGACGCUUUCCUACACGUGAGACGUGACUCCACCCCAUCCAGUCCGUAACAAAGAGGGAAAGUCAGGUGAAGAGAUGGAGGACCGUUCAAAAGUUGUAGCGGCUGAAGUAGACUGUGUUAAUGUGGGAGGGGGUUAGAAGCUUGUGGAGUAGUUAUCGUCCAUUUAUUGUUAUCGAGGUGGACUGCUCAAUAUAUCGUGAUAUUGAUUUGAGGCCAUAUCACCCAGCCCUAACUCCAAGAUCAUAAAUUAAAAACCAAACACUUUCUUUAUGUCUGCUUGGAUUCUGACUUUCUGUUUAAUUUGGACUUACUAACUGAUACAAACAGCGUUUUUGACCGAUAAUUAUUCAGACACAACAUGUGAAUGAUUUUAUCUCGAGCCUGUAAAGAAUCUAACAAACCAUGAAAAUCACCAAACCCCAUAUUGAUACAGCUGAAGCAGCUUGUGGAGAAGUUAUUGUCAUUUAUCGUUAUCAAGGUGAACUGCUCAGUAUAUCGUGAUAUUGAUUUGAGGCCAUAUCGCCCAGCCCUACAUGCAGACCAUGGCCUCCGUUAAUUUGGCCCCUAUCAACUGUUGCACUAAACCAGCACUUUUAUCUCUGCAGCCGUACUGUAGUCUUAAAUUAAUUAUUUGCAAAUGAGCUGAUUAAGCUGAGGUCAGUGAGAUUUCGUUUAACAUUCCUAAUCAUAUUUCCUACUUAACCUUUGGUUUAACUGUGAUGUCUUACUUCUCUAUUCCAGAUGACUCAGGGGACGAGGAACCCACGUCUCAGUCAGACCGCAGCGAACUCCAGGGCACCCUGAAGAUACUUGUUAGCAAACUCGAUGACCUCAGCACAUGUAACGACCUGAUUGCCAAACAUGGGGCAGCUCUGCAGCGCUCCCUCAGCGAACUCGAGGGUCUGAAGGUCCCCGUGGAGGGCGGGGAGAAGAUCAAGGCGGUCAACGAGCGAGCGACUCUCUUCCGCAUCACUUCCAAUGCUAUGAUCAAUGUAAGUAGCCGCCAGAGAGGGACCACCAAUCAGCAGGCUUCAGCUUGAUUAAUGUGACAGGAAUACCCGCCACACAGUGUAACACGUUAAACAGUCAAAGUGCUGCAGAGAGAAACCACAAAGUAAAUGUUAAAAAGUCCUCUCCAAACACCAAGCUGAACCUGCUGUAGAAGGUCUUAUUACACUUAGGGCUCUAUUUUCGUUCGCGCCGGUGAGGCGGCGGAGGGCGGCGAGCCCCGCGCAGUUGUAUUUUCGUCUGGCGGAGCCCGGUGUAAGGCGAGUUUGGUAUUUUCGUGGACUGAGUCGCACGGAGGCGAGCCGAGAUCCGCCAAGCUGGGCGUGGUGGCGUGGCAGGGGGAGGUGUUGACAGAAUCAGCUGGCGCAGUGACAUUUUCGUGCUCGCCACUGGCGUGUAACGUGCGCUGAAAGCUCGCCGAUUCAAACCUGGUCAGCUUUCAGCGCAAGGCGGAACGCAGCUGGUCCAGUAGUAUUUUGGUAGACCGGCGGCGUAUCGACAUACGUCACCGAUGCCUCACCGGCAGGUUUCCACAGUGUCAGGCAGAUUUCAGUGCAAUAAAUAAUCAUCAUCAACUAUUAAUCUGAGUCAGCACAUACAUUUAGAUCUAUAUCGAUAUAUUCUGAUCUAUAUCUGAUCUGAUGAGCGCGUUUGGCACGCGUUUGGCACGCGUUUGGACACACAACCUGACCGAAUCAAUACAGCUGAAACUGCAUCAAAUUAAAUUAAAUAUCUAGUAAAUAAACGCACAUGAUGAAGUUAACAAGAUAUGUAAUGUGUCUCCCUCCUUUUCUUUCCUCCUCUUAUUUCUCGCACAGCUCGACCUGGACACGUCUCCGUGUCCUCUGUCCGUCUUCCUGCAGCUGCUGCGGCUGAACAGAUGAUUUGUUUCAGUGCUCAGAUGCGUUAUCUACUUUAAGCCGACAUACGGAUAUUAUAAUAUUAAGUUUUGUGAGCCAAAUUUAUUUUAUAUGCCAACAUCUAUGAAAGAAAGAGCCAGGCCACGGAGCGCGAUGCGUCAUUUACGCACAGAUGGUUCCGAUUUUAAUGCCUUUUUGGAGUUUAUGUUGUGAUCUGUGCGCACAACCCACCUUUGUCACGUGAGGUUUGAAUAUAUGCAACUUUAUGUGAGUGUCUUUAUUUGUGGAAAAGGGUGUUUGUCUUACCAGUGGGUCCAACAUUACGCACACCAAAUCCAUCUGUGCUCAGAUGAGAGAGUGUGGAGGACACUUGUUGAGCAGCUGCCCUCUGUCGCCAUCGUGUGGCAUAACUGUCUUCAGACAUCUCUUGAUCUCUUUGACUACUUCAUGAAAAUAGUAAUACGCCUCGCCUGUGGCGGAUUUAAAGGCGAGGAGAGGAGCUAAUGUGAUUGGUGAAAACAGGUCUCGGCUGUGUUAAACCCCCUCUCCUCCCCGUCUAUGAUUUAUGCUGCCGGGAGGAGCUGAGUUAGGGAGGGGGGAUACUUACGCCGGGCUGCGCGGCUCACCAAAAUACCAAAAUGUGCUUGGGAACGCCUUGUCAGCGCGGCGGAUCUGAUUGACUCUGCGCUUGCGGCACGUCUCCGGCGAAGCACCAAAAUAGAGCCCUUAGUGUUCGCUGUCAUGCUGUUAGCUGUGAUUUAUCUAACCACUGGCUGAAUGCUGAGGGCACAGCAUGUUCGUAUUUAGUACAAUAUCACGACAGAUAAACAGAUUUUUAAGAAAGAGAAACCCUUUUAAAAGAAAAAUGAGAGGAAAAAAAAGCUGCUGCACUCAUCUCUUCUCAUCUGCAUCGUUGAAAUCUCAGAGUCUGUUGGUCCCAGCUCCUACUUUGAUUUCUCUGUCUGUACGCUCAUUCACUUUAUGUGACCACUAUCCCUGUCCUUGAACGGAAGUCACUGAGGGCUUUACAGUAUGCUAGCAAUGGGCAAGAGUUCAGGGAGGGUUGAAGUCCUGAAGGAAUGAUACUGGAUAUGAUAGUGGGUUGGUGGUGGGGGGCAGACAGGAAUAGCCCCUGUUCCCCCUCUCUGACACCCUGGACCCUCCCUGCAUUGGGGAAUGUCAGAGCCUGCUGGUCCUGGUCUCACAGUGAGACAGACAGACAGACCUGCUCUGACUAAAGCCAGACAAUCACACCAGGUUUGUCUUUCUGCUGCUUCCCUCCGUGGCUUCGUAGAUAGAGUUGUUUAUUCUCGCGGCAGUGGUUGUUUUUGUCGUUGGAGUGAAUGUCUGAAUGAUCUGCUUGUGAAAUGACUGGCUGGUGGGCGUAAAAUCCUUUGCUUAGACUUAGACAAAGUAAAUCCGCAAGUACUUUGACCUUCAGAUCAGAUUUGAAAUGAGGCAGUUGGAGGUAAUUACCCCCAGAAUGCUUAAGCAUGCGGUAAUUCAGCUUGUUUAAAGUGAUCUGGGAAGAGAGAAGGAUUUUAGAUUGUGUUUCAAUUACGUGACAGUCCUCCGCUCUGCACAACGAGACCUUAUUUUUCUCUGUCAUCCAUUUAUUGUAAUAAUUAGUGUUGGAAAUUGAAAACUGCCGUCCAAACAACGACCCUUUUGGACUGCCGUACUCAUUAAAACACCAUUACGUUUGUCGAGUAUGUGCUUCUAAUGAGAAAAAGUGUUGAGGUCUUUUAAACGGCUCUCCUCAGCAUGCAGAGCAGAACAAGAAUCAGUAUUUGCACUUUAGCAGCCGUGUUUUUGUUGCUGUCGAGACAAAGACUGUGUGAAAACAGGAAUUUGGGGGGAUUUACUUAAGAGGGAGGUGUGAGUGCAGCGUCUCUGUGAUCUGACCCAGGUCUUGGAGAGGGUUGCUCUAGUUCAUUUCGUGAUGAUGUAACUUCUCUCAAGUGUGUAACCAAAUCCAGACUCUUGUUUAUUUGACUGUGGGAUUUACAUGUUUGCCACUUUUGAUUUCAUGAUACAAAACUUAACAUACUCUUCGCCUCAUCUCUUCUCAUCUGCAAAGUUAAAACCAAACACUUUCUUUAUGUGCGCGUGGAUUAUGACUGUUUUCACUAAUCUGUGAAAAACUGAGACAAACAGCAUCUUUGGCUAAUAACUAUUCAGCACAAAAAAGUGGAACCAUUAUACUUUUUGAGUGGGUGUCGAGUUUCAUAUCGUGAUUCUUCCUGAGGAAGUGGACCAACGUCAUAUGUCGCUCUAACAUUUAAAGUAAGGCUCAGACACUGAUGUUUAGACACUUGAUGGAAAACUGCUCCAGGUAAGAGACUGAUAGGUCGUUUUUAUCAUCUGUGAUUUCAUUCAUGGUCUUUUUACAUGAAGCUGUUUAAAUGUAAUCUUUGUUCACAGUGUAUGUAAAUAUAUAUCAUGGAUAAUAUAUUAUAAAAUUGUGUCCAUAUCUUACUUGACAGUCAAUUAUUAAAUAUAAAUUUCUAGACAUUAGAAUUGUUUGAUUAUGUUUGGUUUUCUAAGUAACAACAGAAUAAAAAUUAUGCAUAAUGUAAUAUAGGGCUGGGCGAUGAACUGAAAAUUUAACGAUACCAAAAUUUCCGAUAAUAUCUGAUGUCAUUUUGCCCAUGUCAAUAUAUUAGGUGUCAAAAAUAAAUAUAUGAAAGUUGGUUUUGGAUGUGUGUAGGUAGGUUAUGGUCUCAUGUCCCUUUAUGACGCCGUCCUACAUCGCUGUCCUAGACGUGACUCCAACAAAGAGGGAAAGACAGGUGAGGGGAUGGAGGACGGUUCAAAAGUUGUAGCGACGGCUUAAGUAGACAAAGUUAAUGUGGGAGGGGGUGAGCAGCUUGUGGAGUAGUUAUCGUCCAUUUAUCGUUAUCGAGGUGAACUGAUCAAUGAUAUUUAUUUGACGCCAUAUUGCCCAGCCCUAGCUCCAAGAUCAUAAAUUAAAACCAAACACUUUCUUUAUGUGCGCGUGGAUUAUGACUGUUUUCACUAAUUUGUGAAAAACUGAUACAAACAGCAUCUUUGGCUAAUAACUAUUCAGAUAAAACAUGUGAAUGAAGUUAAUGUGGGAGGGGGUGAGCAGCUUGUGGAGUAGUUAUUGUCCAUUUAUUGUAAUCGAGUUAACCUGCUCAAUAUAUCGUGAUAUCAAUUUGAAGCCAUAUCGCCCAGCCCUACUAUAAUAGAAAGUCAAAGCUUCUUCUGUUUAGGCAGGAUAUGUAAAUUUGAUAUUUUCCAAAAUUAUAAAUGAAUAAGUAGUAUUUGUUCAUAAUGUUAUCAUGUGUUUGUAAUUAAUAGCUUUCUGGACUAUUUGUGUGAAAGAAAUAGAGAAACUUAGACCUGAAGCUGAGGAACAUGAUACCUAGAGUCCACCAAAUCCUGCUUUCUGGACCUGUCUCUGAGAGAGUGAGGUCUCACUGCAUCUCUGUUUCUGUUCCUGCUGCUUUAAAACGAAACUGACUCACUCAUCCACCUGACAGAAAAUGGCCGUUUUUUUUUAAUCUGAGUGACCCAGUCGUCCUUGAAGCGGAUUCUCAGCAGCUCUGAGCUCUCUGCUGUAAACGCUGAGUGGGCCCUAAUGAACCUCCUCAUUAUAUUCUCCGUUGUGUGGAGUAUACUUGAAUGAUUAUUCAGGGAAUGUUUUAAGAGGCGCGCUAUGCUGACUGUUCAAUAGUCAUCACAUGACACUGUCAGCAUGCACAGUGUCAGCUGUGAUGUGUUAUUCAGGUUCAUUGACCUUUGAGCUUAUUAUGAUGCAAGGCCGUUAGACAUAUGAUGUGGUGCUGACGUGAUGUAUGUAAUUGAUCUAAAGUAACCUCUUUGAUUGAGUUGUAAAAUCAAGAUGAAAACAAUGAUGCCCCCUCUUGACUCGAAUGAAGUGCCUGCUUAGUUUCCGCAGAGGGGUUUAACCAAGUUCAUCACUCACUGAUGUUUUCCACGUUUUGCUCUGAGGCACAUUUGACACAGCAGGAGGACUGUAAUCAAGGAUUGAUGGCUGCAUGAAACAAACAUGAUAAAUAGGCUUGAUUACGAUAAGUAACAUUAAAACUUUUAACUUAUUCCCAUCCCAGAUUUAACUUUCUCAGAGUUGAAACUGACAGAGGACGAGAUUUCCUGAUCUUUUUGGUGUUAUCAAUUAAAUUUGAUCAAGUUGGAAGAGUCCCACUUUGAAAAUCCACAUGAUGUGAUUGAAGUUAAAACAAUUUGAAGGUCUUCUACAGUUUCUACAGUUUAUUCUGCACAGCUAGGGCUGGGCGAUAAAACGAUAACCGUAUAUAUUGAAAAUUAAUUUCCCUCAAUAUCAAUAUAAAACAUGGUCAAUAUGCUUUUCGGUUGUUGGCAUUCUGCCAUAGCCAAUGAAAAAGGGGAGUUUCUCUGGGUCAACUUCACGCUGAACCAAUCAUGUGCUGAAUUAGAACCAAGUAGCAAACAACUGUGUAGUAGCAGGCUGCAGCUACACGCAACCACAGCACUUUAACAGCGCAACGCCUUACGACAGAAACGUCAAAGAGACACAAAGACCUUACAGAUGCAGUAGCUUGUUGUGUUGCAAAAGACAUGUUACCAAUAAGCACUGAUAAAGUUCAUUUUUAUAUUGUGAUAUAUAUCAAAUUGAAUGAUAUGAAAAAAAUAUAUACUGUGAUAAACUUUUUCCUAUAUCGCCCAGCCCUAUCCACAACUUUAAUCUGUUAGUAACAGCAGGUGAAGAGGAACUCAGCUGAACUUUCUGUGCUGUCUACAUGGUUACACACUCAUGUACACUUCUUCCUCCAGGCUUGUCGAGACUUUUUGGACCUAGCAGAGACUCACAGCAGGAGAUGGCAGCGGGCGCUGCAGUAUGAGCGAGAGCAGCGCACUCACCUAGAGGAGACCAUUGAGCAGCUAGCCAAGCAGCACAACAGCCUGGAGCGAGCGUGGAGAGAAGCACCCACGCUUGCCUCCACCACACCCAUUGCUCCUACCAUCAACAAGGGUGAGACUGUCUGUGUGCAUGCUUCUAACUCCUGUGGGUUUCAGUGGGAAUCCAACUUUACUUAAUAAAAGUCAUGUGGGACCUCAGGCUCUCAUUACAGACAUUCCUUGUGCGGAGGAAGAAAACUGUAUGUUUUUUGAGAAGGUUGGAAAUAGAUUAAUGCUUAGUAAGGGAUGGUAAUGGUCUUUAUUAAGGACUGCAGGUCUUGUGGUCUUUUCCCUCUAACUCUACAUGCAUGGAGUUAUUUUCUCGUUGGUCUACUGAUGACUUACGUGCCUUUAAAAUAACUCCCAGUUUGUGUCCAUUUUGUAUGUCUUUCACAUAAUAUAGAUGCCUAACUUGGUAUCUCUUGACCAAACAUGUCAUCCUGCUGACUUUUUAAAGUCACAUGUAGAUUUUGUUAUAAAUUUUUUAAGUUGAAAUUGUAAAAACAGGACUGUCUCUAAAGCUCCUUUGCUGAAACCCAUUCCCUCACACCAUGGCAAUAAAAAAACAGUUAGUGUUGAUGCUAACGGUGUUGUUUAUCAUAAAAAUAAAUUAAUAUAAUUUCAGUGUCAAAAAAAUCUUCACAGGCACUUCAGGAUACACACAUUAUGUAACGCAGACCAUGCUAAAUAUAAACAGAAUAUCAGAAGACCACUCUGAGGGACUCGCAUCAGUCAGGCUACUUAACGAGAAGGAACAUUGCCAAUUUUACUAAGCUGAUUAUUCCUUGAUUAAUUGCCAUGGGUCUGUGAUUAAAGGCCACCCUCUCUUAAACUCCGCUUAAAAACAAUCUAACGCUCAUGUGAUGGUUCUGCGGCUCUUGAAACUCUGUUAGCAAUUACCGUCUAAUGUACAUGUCCUGACAGAGGGGAGUGAGAGGCUGUUAAAGGAGGAAGCGAGUGAUGAUGAGGAUACUGAAUACUUUGAUGCCAUGGAGGAUUCCCCUGCAUUCAUCACAGUGACUGCCACUGAGAGCACACAGCACAGGUCAGUCACCGGCAGAGAUCCAGAUGAAGGUUCGGUUGUUUUUAUCAAAAUGUUGAUCUUCCCUCCAGCAGGAAUAAAACCUCUCAUUCAGCACAGUAACGUAACACUUCUGUCCUCUGAGUAUGACUGUGUCUUUUGUUUGUGUCUCCACUCAGUGUUCCAGAUUUAAUUCUGAUCUUUAUUUUUCCAAAACAGCUUGAGUACCUUUGAGCCUUUUCCUCGUCGUUGUUUCGGCUUAUCUCUUGCCUCUUGUCCAUUCUUUAACUCCAGUGGAACCAUUUGGUUUAACAGAAAUUGUUCAACAGCAUUCAGUUUUAACAUCCAGCAAUCUGGCUUCCCCUUUGUGUGCAUUGUGUUUGUAUUGGAUUAGUGUGCAAGUGAGAAAUGAGAGCGAGAGGGAGAGAUUGCGUCUCAUUGCAGUAAAUGUUUUCAUUAUGUUCCAGGCGAUCCCAAAGUAAUUUGAGUGGAGCGAGUGGAGGUCAAUCCAGCGACUGGAACCAGGACAACCAUGUAAGCCUCUGUCCCCCCUAACAAGCCUGACUAACAGGACUGACAUUUGUGAACACAGCUGACUUUUGUCAUCUUUUUAUACAUCCAUUUGUUCAGCUUCGGAGCUCACAGCUCAUCGAUUUAUUUGCAUAAUAGUCUUCAGUUUUUUGUUCUCACAGUUCCCCCUCUCGUACCUUGCAAAUCUGGCGCGCACAGGUUUUUGUGUGAGCUUGUCAUCCCUGUGGUGCCACAGACGCGCAGCUGCUACAUUCAUAUAAAUCUUAAUUACCAGUCAAGCAUCUGCUCUUGUCUCUCUCCAACUCUCCACGGCUCCUUCUUCUCCUUUAACUCACAUCUGUGUCUCCUCUACCGUCUCUCGCAGUCUUUCACCUGCUCUGUUUCUCUGCCUUCACUUGAUGGUCGAACUCCAAGCUGUCCAUAAAGUUUUACUCAAUCGUGAAUGUAUGAAACAUUCAUCUUCAAAAGUUCAACGUUGAAAAAGCAUCUUCUCUUCCUCCUCUCAUUCCACCUGAUCCUAGAUGUCUCCCAGUUACAAUGACGUGUGCGGGAAGGAGCUACAGCCCCGCAGACAGAGGCGGACUCAUGUCCCGGAUAAGCCCAACUACUCCCUUAAUUUGUGGAGCAUCAUGAAGAAUUGCAUCGGCAAGGAGCUCUCGAAAAUUCCAAUGCCUGUAAGUGUUUGAGACAUGAUAAGAGGUUAAACCAGACUAAAGAUUUAUGUCUCACACCUUUUUUAAUCUUCUUGUUCAGGUAAACUUCAACGAGCCGCUCUCAAUGCUACAGCGCCUCACUGAGGAUCUUGAGUAUCAUGAACUACUAGACAAGGCGGCGCGCUGCGACUCCUCCCUGGAGCAGAUGUGCCUGGUCGCCGCCUUCUCCGUCUCCUCAUAUUCCACCACAGUCCACCGGACAGCCAAGCCCUUCAACCCUCUACUGGGCGAGACUUACGAGCUCGACCGCCUGGAAGAGUUUGGCUACCGUUCGCUGUGUGAGCAGGUAACAGCGCGCCUAUCUGCAGAUUUUUGUUUGUACACUUUUAGUCUGUUUACACAUUUUUAUGUUCCUUAAGGUAAGUCAUCACCCCCCUGCAGCCGCACAUCAUGUGAUUUCCCAACGAGGCUGGACCCUGUGGCAGGAAAUCACCAUUGCCAGCAAGUUUCGCGGCAAAUACCUCUCCAUAAUGCCUCUGGGUAAGACAUUUUAUCGUCCCUGGAAAGUCAAACAAUCAAAUAUGUGAAUAAAGUUUCCCUCAAAUUGAAAACUUUUCAAAUUUAAAGCCACACAGGGUAGAAAGACUCCCGCUUGAGAAAGAGGGAAAAGAUAGCCCUGCCCUGAACACAAUAUAAAGCUGGAAGAGAUUGUGGGAGAAUGAAUCAGGAGGAUUUUAUGACCCUUUUGACACGCACAUAAAGUAUUGGCUUAAAGGAAGCUCUCAAUUGCUCUUGGAUGGCAGAGGGAAGGGCUCUGUUGGCUCAGAUUGAUGAGCAAUUCAAGGGAUGGAGGUUAAGCCAUGAUACUGUCUUGAUUUUUCUAAACUGCCCAUUUUAUACAUUCUUGCUGUUAGAUGUCUUGUAAUUUAAAAAAAACCUCUAAAGUAGAAACAUUUAUAGUCAAACGAGCAUCUGUAAUUUCCUCUGGGGUUAAGUCACUAUUGCAAAAAGGUGCGAUCAGGCUGCAGUUGGUAGAAUUGACCUCCUCCAUAAACGGAUAUAGAAUCAUAAAAUCAAAAUGCAAAAUCAGAACCCCUUCAGGUCUGAUCCUAAUGAAAGCAGCUGUCAUAUUUCUUCCCUCUAAGAAUCUUUUGUACCAUGUUCCUCUUCAGGUGCCAUUCACCUGCAGUUCCACAACACCGGUAACCACUACGUGUGGAGAAAAGUCACCUCCACAGUGCACAACAUCAUUGUCGGCAAGCUGUGGAUUGACCAGGUUGGUUUUUAUUUGUCUGUCCUUCUAACAACCCCUCCCAGUUUCCAGACUAAACCUCCCAUAGUCGUCUAUAGAUUAUUUCCUGGUGUGUAGGACAGAGCUGCUGAGCAGAAAGAUGUGAGGAACAGAAUCGCUGCAAAGCCUUACAGCACAUGAAUAAGGAGCUCCACAAUCUCUGGGGAUUUAUCUAUAGCUUUGAUCUCUAAUAACACCCUAAAAUAACAGCCUCUUCCUCCUCCGAGAUGGCCCAGAUAUACGGGGGAGGAGGCAGAUCCACAUCUGCAUGUCAGUCAGAGCAGAGAUGUGUCUGAACAUUACACACAUCAUCUGUAUUGGAUGUGUUACAGCAGCCUGUCCUGUUUGUAAUUGUGUGUUUGUGUUUGUCUGUAAGGAUAAGUCAGAUUCACUCGCAGCUCUCAGUUAUUUUUCUCAGAAGCACAUCGAUGUGGAAAAUCUCGCUUGCAGCCAAACAGGGGAAUAUUAGCUCCAGUUUAAUAGGUUGGCAGUGUCUAUUAACAGUAAAGGUAUUUAUCAUGUUCUUGUUUACAAUGAAGGUAACCUGUGGAGCUUUGUUUUAUUACUUUUAGUAUUUUGUUUGAUGUAACGUCCUCUUAGGUGUACGUUUCCAAAGCAUUUUCUGCCAAAAUCUUCUCCUUGAUGCUUUAAACCUUCACCUGUUUUUUGAUUUUCUAUUGUGGUUACCUUUUUGAUAUCAUAAAUCAUAAAUAAAACCAAAUUUAAAAAAAAUUGUUGAUAAAAAAGUAGAAAUACACCUCUAGGAAGUCAACCUUUACAUUGAUGCAGACUGUCUCAAAGUUCAGUUAGUCCAUUUAAGCCUCAUUUGUUGUUUCCAUUCAGCCCUUUUCCCUUAUCCCACCAUCCCCAUGCAUGACUUUGCCUCUCUGCUGCCCUCUGCUGCAGGAGAGGAUCAGCUAGAAAACUCUGUACAAAACUAAGGACACAACUUUUUUGCAAUAUCUGCUUCUAUAAAUACAAACACAAUGGCUGUAAGAUAAAACAAAGGACACAAAUAUGAGACAUUAGAGUGAACAAAAAAAGGAAAAAAUGAGACCACAUUUUAUUUUAAUCUCAAACUACUUGCAAUUUUCACCUCUGGAUACCGUCUGUGCUGUAACACACUGUGAAAUAACCCAAGUGAAUAUCUUCAGUACGCUGUCGUCGUCGUGUCUGUGUGUUCGCCCCUCACUCUGUCUCUCUUUGUUGUCACUUGUGCAGUCUGGGGACAUUGAGAUCGUGAAUCACAGGACAAAGGAGACCUGCCAACUCAAGUUCUCUCCCUACAGUUAUUUCUCCAGAGACGUUCCACGGAAGGUAAACACCUGAACACUCUGUGAGCACCUGACCUUGACAUGACGUCAUUUGACGAGGGGUUCAUUUGUGUAAUGCUGCCUCCUACUGGACAGCACUCACAGAUAAACCAAUCGUAUGAGGUGACAUUGCAGUCGAGUAGCCUGUUUUGCUGAUAAUGUAAAUGUGGAGCUCAGUGCUUUCAACUGAGGCACAAUAAAUCCUUUUCCUGCUUUUCUUUACUCAUUCAAGGUGACAGGUGUGGUGGCUGACAGUGGUGGACAUGCUCAUUACAUCCUCUCCGGUACAUGGGAUGAUAAAAUAGAGAGUGCCAAAAUCGUUCAGAGCAGCAGAGGGGGCAGCGGAUCUGAGGGCAAACAGAAGACCGUCUAUCAGACUUUGUCCCCCAAACUGCUGUGGAAGAAAUACCCUCUCCCGUAGGCGCUUCUCUCAUCAGCUUUGCAUAUUUUGAAGAAGUCGUCGUCAAGUUUCAGCAAUCUGUCUUAACUUUGGUCAAUUUUCUCUUAAUUUCUCAGAGAAAACGCUGAGAACAUGUACUAUUUCUCCGCGCUGGCACUGACCCUGAACGAGACGGAGGAAGGAGUGGGGAUGACCGACAGCCGACUCAGACCAGACCAGAGGCUGAUGGAAGACGGCCGAUGGGAUGAAGCAAACUCAGAGAAACAGAGGCUGGAGGAAAAACAGAGAGCUGUGAGGAGGAGGAGGGAAGCAGAGGCCUCAGACGCUCUGGAUGAAGGUAUGAAGUAAAAAGCAGGAGGUGAUGUGACUGAUAGGCAGAUGUUUAAAAAGAAAAGGGAUAAAGAAAGAGGGCAUGAGGAAAAGAGCUUAGGUUUUUUUGGAAGGGCGAUCCGGGCUGCUUCACUAAAAAGUCCCAUUAAUUUUCUACUUCAGCAAGGUAAGGUGAAGUUAGAGCAUGAAAUGAAAUAAUCAGCUCGAUAGAGAAGCCACUGAAUCAGGAAAUACCUGUUUUUUCACAAAAGCCAAAGAUCAGAAGCUCGGUGCAAAGAGAGAAUUAAUUAUAACCCUGAGGAAAAAAAAUCCAAUCACUGAGCUGGAAGUUUUUUGGGCGACAGCCAAAGAUUUCGCAUUGUGGUGCCUUUAUAACAAAAUAAGCAGUUUUAAUCAUUUGGGUAAACUUUUAAUGAUUUUUGCAAGGAUGAUCAAGUGUUUUCUUUCCAGCAUUUUUUGACUAUCCAGUCGACUCCCAGUAGAGUUUCUGUGUUUAAGAUUAUAACAGUCUCAUAAAAACUUAAAAUAAGAAAAUAACCCCAAGAAUCUUCUUGUUCUCGUCCCUUCAGAUGUACUCAAGCAGGUAAUUAUGUUUGGCUGCGGUCUUUAAAAUUUGACAUUAGAGAAGUUCACAGAGAAUUAUUGUUGGGAAAAAUACAAAAACCUCAGCGUAAUGACUGAAAAGAGCGGAGCAGCUAUAACUAAGUUAAACGAUUUUUAAGUUUCUUGAUCACAAAAAUAAAAGUAUCACACGAACAGAUUUACCUUCGUUUCAUCCUGGUGGUAGAUCAGUGUGUACGUGUGUGUUUGUGUGUGUUGUGUGUAGGCUAGACUGUUUUGAAUGUACCCAUGACUUGUCUUUCUUUUCCUCCCUCUAUUGGUUGUCAGAGUGUGAUUAUGACUCUGGUGAGUGGGGGUUGCUCUGUGCCCCUCUGUUGUACAUCACUCCCACAUGCACACACAAACAUACAUGCACACACACAGACACAGACACACGCACACAUAUAUCCCCCCAUCUUUUGUGUCCUCUGUGUUCUGCCUCAAUGUGGGAACUGCAUGAUAUCCCCUCAUGAUAAUGACUCAGGAAAAAAGAGACGUUUUCCUGCUUACUUACACGUGACAUUUUCAUGCAGAAUUGGCUUCAAUAAGUAAAAACACAACAGUUACAACUCUAUAUUUACCCGAGUGUUUUCUAAGUGUGCCGUGGUGAAGCCUCACUAGCAGGUGAAUCGUUUGCACUCUCAUCUUCUCUAUUGGACUGCUUGUGCGCACAUUUGUGGACACUGUCUGACAAUAGAGUAGUUUCCACAUGUUCAGCUCCAUAGAGUUCAACCAUAUACAGUUCUUCACUUCAUGUUUUAUGGAGGGAACUAGGGCUGGGCGAUAUGGUCUCAAAUUAAUAUCACGAUAUAUAGUUCACCUCGAUAAUGAUAAAUGGACGAUAACUACUCCACAAGCUGCUCACCCCCUCCCACAUUAACUUCGUCUACUUCAGCCGCUACAACUUUUGAACCGUCCUCCAUCUCCUCACCUGUCUUUACCUCUUUGUUACUGACUGGAUGGGGCGGAGUCACGUCUCUGUCGUAGGACAGCAUCUUAAAGAGACAUGAGACCAUAGCCUACCUACCGUAGGCUGUAUACACUAUGGACAACUUGGUUCCGCCUCCCGACAGUAUAUGGAUGUGAAGCCAAAAAGCUCUCGGUAUUUCCAUGAUCUUUCUCCAUUUUCUGAAACCAACAAUACUGCAGCCUGUCACCAGAGGGUGCUGUUCUCGGAGUGGCUUCUCCCAGCGAGGAGGCAGACGGCGUCCAUUCUAUAUACAGUCUUUGCUACCUACACACAUCCAAAACCAACUUUGAUUUAUUUAUUUUUUGACACCAGUAUUGCCAACUCCUCAGAAAGGAAAGUCGUUAGUGGCUGUUGUAAAAGUCGCUAAAAGUCGCUAGAUGACAUCAUCGCGAGGAGGAGGAGGAAGGAGUCUUCCACGGGGUGUCGAAGCAUCUGUGUCUGUGUUUUUGAAGCACACUGGCUUCCGUUGAGAAGAAUAACAUCUACUCCUGCGUUUGUGUUGGUGUCUCUAAACUCCAGAAAAAGUCGCUAAAUUUGUCACUAGGUGCUUUUUUGAAAAUAAGUUGCUAGGGCGGUCUGAAAAGUCGCUAAAUCAGAGUCGUUAGGUUGGCAACACUGUUUGACACCAAAUAUUUUGACAUGGGAAAAAUGACGUUAUUGUCGUAAAUUUCGGUAUUAGUGAAUUUUCUGUUUAUCGCCCAGCCCUAGGGGGAACAUCACAAUGUUAAAUUUACUGGGUCUAGAUAACUGCUACAAAACUGCAGUUUCUCCCUGUUUUGGACAAAGUUUCUAGAUUUAUUCAUUCGAGAGGUCCCAGUCUUUGGAUCAAAAUUUCCAGUCCAGGUUUUAACGACACUCUUUGAGUUGAACUUGUUCACCACUGUACAAACUCUGUUCACAUUUUGAGCCAUCCCAAAUGUAGUGCACAGUGAUAAAUUGCGUCCCAUACAUAUAUUUAUAGUAUGUAUGAAAUUGAUCACUCAGUGAUUUGCCUGCUUGCGUGGCUUCUCCACCAGAGUGUGUGUUUCAGCGAGAGCGACUGAGUUACAGCGAUGCUUCUCCCCACAGGUAGAGAAUACGAAGGCUACCAACCCCUGUGGUUUCAUCAGAGGAGAGACUCAGUCACUGGAGAGACAAACUUUGUGUACAAGGGAGGUUACUGGGAGUCAAAGGAGAGACAGGACUGGAGCAUGUGUCCUGAUAUCUUCUAACCCAGGAACUCACCCAGAUCACACCUAACCUCAUCGGACAGGGAACUGCUCUGCCUCUGCUCCUUAAGCACCGGGGCGUAGCGGGAUUCGAGCACCUUGUGGACCUUUUAUGAGCACGAGAGCGUGUUUGAUUGACACUCUCUCGGAUUACACUGUACCUCCAAAUGUGCACUCUCAUUCUGUUGUUACUGUGGAGAAAAUGACAGAGUGUUUCCUCUGUAGACCUCUUUGACACUUUACUGAAACAGAAGUUAGAUACUGUAUAAAUGAAAGGUGGUGCUGGACUUGUAGCACCCAUCUAUAAAGGCACCUGCACAGCCUGAAAUCAGGUGCUUUCUAAAUCUUACCCACAAUGCACUUUUCUGCGUCCACCCCCAUGAUUUGAGUUUUACAGAUUGGACAGGAACCCAUUUUAGCUCCAGAUUAUCUUCUGACAGCCAACAGGGGCAGACAAAACAAAGGAAGAGUCCGCGCCCUUCAUUCGAUUCAGCACAGUUGAGAUUACGCUCGCCGCACUUUGUCAGUCUUCAGUUGGAUCUGUUUGUUUUUUUUAUUCUGGCCGACUAUUUCAAGUGCUUAUGGUUUGCCCUUUUUAGCUGCUAAAGAAAGAGGCCUGAAAAAAUAGUUUUAGCACAGUCAUGUCUAAUUAAAAAGUCGACUAGAUCCAAAGUGUUCAAAGUAAAUUCAAUCAAUGAGACCUCCUGAACGGAGAACACUGGUUAAUAUCGGCAGACAAAAAACGCAUCUUAAACUCUGAUUUUUUUUGUUGCUUUUGUUUUAUUACCUUUAAAUGUUAUUUCUCAUUUCAUUUCAAAGUUACUGUCUUUAAAUCAAAAGUAGGGAAGUUACGCGUGUGUUUUUCCAACAUAACAGCUUGUAAGAUAAACUGCAGAAAGGGGCGCCAGUCCAGGACAGGCUGAUUCCAACCUGUGGCCUCUUCCCUGCUGUAUCCACUCUCCUUUAUCUGUCAAUAAAGGCCAAAAAACGUACAAAUUAUAUACAAAAAAAGUGAAUAAACUGCAGAAAGAAAUACAACUAGUCUGCGAUAAACUUCAUCAAUGAAGAAAUUAAAAGGAGAAAUAACAUUUGAUACUAAUGAUCCAAUUUUAAUGCUUCGUUUUAUUGUCUGCAUGUAUCAACAUCAUUGUUUACCACACGGUGUCUCAUAUUAUUUUUGAAAACUUUGGGUCUCCACGACGAGCAGCUUCUAUUUUAAAAGGCAAAGCACCUCGAUCUUCAGCAGAGAAGGCUGGUUUUAUUUGAACAGAUGAACUCUGCGGCCGUGCAGAAGUAUAUUUUGUAAAGUGUGAAUGUUGAUGUUUCCCUUUAGGUACAUGAAAAUUUAAAGUCAGCUAGACGAUAGUCCGUGUAGAAAAGGUUUUUAAUAUAUAUUACCUCUCUAUGCUUCGAUGCAUUUUCAUCCAGAAGUUGUUCAGACAUUUUCCAUUUGUGAUUCUGAAUAGUGAAACUCUGCUGUUAUUAGACCUUUAGUUGUAACACAUUAGUGUAACGCAGCAGUCCAACGAUGAACACUCAUAUCACUUUUGAAAUAGUGUCAAUGUUAGUGCAUAUCUCUCUUCUCAUGGUGACAGAUUUCCCCUCUCUAGGUGUUCUUUACCUUCUCCUCUGGUGCUCUCCCAUAGCAACACAUACUGGAUCCUCACUCACUACUUCCAGUGACACCAUUCUCAGUGACCAUACAAAGCACCAAACCGCUGAGAAACUGAGUGAUAACAACCCAGUGAACCCACUGACCUGCAUCUCACCAGCUCCACAGCCUCCAACAGUCGCUAGUUUGUAGCUCAGACAUUUCCAGCAGGACGUGACGUGAGGCUGGGGCUGUUUUUUUCGGAGUCCUGCGUGUCUCCAGCUGACAAGAGCUCAGAGGUUAAUGGAAGCAGACAGGGCUGGUUCCUGUCACCGCUCACCACUGUGCAUUCAGGUGCAGACACAGAGGAGCUCGAGUCUUCAUACAGCCCACAUGUGUUGUCCUUUCAUUCAGUCAUUGUGAACAAGCUGAUCUGGGAUCAGCUCACGAAGGAACCCCCCUCGGUCUUUUGCCUUUAACUGACUGAACAAGGGAACGUCCCCUGACCUGUGCACUACACGUCUCCAGUGACAAGAGUUUCGAGAAAACCAGUUAGUAUUUUUUUGUAAUUACUGUUAGGAAUGUAGAAUUCAGGGCUGGAGGUAUUGUAUCCACCACCUCGUUUAUUUGUGUGAAUAUUUUGUGAUAAAUGAAUGAUAUUGUAAAUUGAAGAAUAAUAUACUAAUCUGAGUAUUAAGUUAUCUGUACAGCAAAGUUUAAAUCUGGAAACUAAAUCUGAGUGAGCUUGAAGGAUGUUCUGAUCAUCCAGAUUGAUUCUGCAUAGAUGGAUGUUAAAUCUGAGGCAAAUCUGUGACUGCGGGUUUCUUCUUCUUCUCCCCCCAAAAAAUACACAGAAAAUAUUUUUGUAGUGUUCUUGAUGCUAGCAUAUCUGUACUCGUGAUUCAGUGAGGAUUUCAGUUCCUUCAUAAAGACUACAAACACUAAAAGAGACAGAAAUCAUCAUUAUAAAGGUGAUACUCUAUGCUUUUCCGCCACAAAGAGCUUCUUUCUUCUACUUGUUUACAUAAAAAGUUACGAUGCGUUUUUUUAGUCGAGGGCACAUUUUGAUCAGUCACUGAUUUCUUUGUGUAGAUUGCCAAAGGACAGAUUCAACAUUUAGGGAAAUAUACCCUCAAACGAGUAAAUCCAUCCCCCUCUGAUAGGGUUGUUAUUAUGAAGCUGGAGUCAGAAGCCUGAUAACAAACAGAAACAGUCACCCUGGCUCUGUCCAAACAUAUUAAACCCUCUUUAUUAACACCUCUAAGGUUCAUUAACACGUAACAUCUUGAUAUUUUAAUUUAGGGGGGAAAUCUAUGCUUUAACAAGAAAUAAUCUUGCACACAAAGUCUAUUAACUGACACAAACAAGACGUGUGUGUGUUAAGUUAUUAGCCUUAAAGAGGUGUUGGUGUUUUGUUUAACCCUUGGACAUAACCAGGCUCUCUGUUUCUCAGUGUUUCCAGUCUUGAAGCUGAGCUACACUGACAGGCUACGAGCUUCAGCAUCAUGUGGAUCACACGAGAGUGAUACCAGUCUUCAGAUAACUUUUGGCAAGUGUGAAUCCAAAAUGUCAAACUUCAUUUCCUUGAGGGAACCUUCCCAGAAGGAUAAAUAAAGUUGUAUCUAAUCUCUAAUCUAAUCUAAUCUACUGCUCUCACUGGAAUACUCCUGCGCUUCCCCUCUUUUCCAUCCCCUUCAUAGAUACAGUUGUCUUGCACACAGAUACACGUUGUAAAUAUGGGUUGUAAUCACUCAAAAACCCUCUGAAGUAAGUCAGAUAUGAGGAUGAACCAGAUACAGCGAGAUGAUACAUUUAUUCUGUCUCUAUAGUGUCAGUUUGCAGGUCGUCCUGUAUCGUUGUGCACAGUAACGGGGUCUGAAAGAACACUGAUCAUUCACUGCCAAACGGUGGUGAAAAAUUGUAUAGAGUUCUUUUCUCAGCAAUCAAUUUGAAGUUACUAGAGAUUUACUUUAAUAUAUUGUUCAUGAGAUGAUUUUAUAUUUGAAAAUACGUGUUAUAUUUUGAAUGACAGAGGAGAGCUCAUCAUAUGUUCAAAUCAAUGUAUUUCCAAAUAAAGUAACCUCAGUACCUGAUGGUGACUGAAGUUGCCCUGGUGAGGUGAACCUGUACAGUUUUCCGACAGCUGUAGCAAUAAUGCAGUGAGGCGUAGAUUUGUGAUUUCAUGGUCAUUGUUUCUUCAAACAGAACAGUUUUUCGGCCUCCUGCAGAAAGGGAAAAAAAAAACAACCAAAGUGUACGUGGAGAGUGUACUGUAGACUCAACAAACCUCUUCGUCUGCCUUCCCUAUCUCAGAGGGUCGUAAUGUAAAUCCCCUCUCAUCGUUUAGGUCAUUUCAUUUCACCUAACUCUUCUACGGGGUGUUUUUAGCUUUAAUUUUUAUGCUUUUUAUUUCUCUGUUCUGACUUCUAUCUUCUUCUCACGGGUGCCAUUAUUCUUAUGUUGGUGUUUUCAUACUGUUUGUACGCAUAAUGAGCUUGAUUUGUGUGCGUCUGCAGCGCACAUUUCCUCCUCAUUUGAUGCUGCUCAGUUUUGAAGAAGUGAACUAAUGACGAUGGGGAGACUUGUCUUGCCUUGUUUUAACUGAACCUUACUUCUCCUUGGACUGUGACUCGCAGCUUUGCGGAGACACAGCGGCGAUAUUUAUGAACAGGAUGUUAAAAAUUUUAAGACACAUCACAACAGCGGCCUGGUACAGAAGGUCAAAGGUGACUGACCUGCCUUGACAACUUUUACUCCCAAAACACACGUUGGUGUAUUCAGGUGUUACUGCGGAUUUAACUGAGGUUUUGCUUCUUUUUUUCUAAAUUGUGUAUUUUCUCCCUUAAUUUAUACUUGCAUAACAUUGUCUUUAAACAGCAAAGACAUAAUACUGAAAAAAGAAGAUAAUAAAGCUGUUAUUGUUGACACUGGAUAUCUGUCUGCUUUAUUUCCUCUCUUUGCAACAGCUGGAUAGGUUUAAUUUCCUGUAUUUGACAAUAGGCAAUUUUAAAGGCACUGUUAGGAGUUUUUUUACUGGUCGAAAAACAGAAAAUGAUACUUAUGCCUCUUUAUGACCUUCAAAAACAAAUGACACCAUCAGCAACAAGUCUAAUGCUGCAUUUCAGUUACCUCAGAAGUCAGAUGACGGAUCUGAAAUUGACGUCACACCCAAGUUACAGGCGUUUUAGUUACCAAGUCGGAAAAAAGCAAAAUCAGAGGCCUGAAACAGGAUGGCUACAUCUACGAUAGUUAUUUUAGCACUUGCCUUGUCCGAAUAUAAGACAAGCGCUAAAAUAACUUUCAUAAAUGUAGCCAUCUUGAGACGCUGGUAACUGGUAGCUCCGACUUCUGAGGUAACUUGAAUGCAGCAUAAUAUGUUUCAUCAAAAUAUAUAAUCAAAAUAUAUAUAAUCAAAAAUAUAAUUUUUGAUGGUUAAAUGCUGAUUGACAGCAGGCUGGGGAAAAAACAGCUUUUUUUGUUACUUUUUACACAAAAAAACUGUACAUGGCUUCUUUUUUUGUGAAAACACUAAUCAUAUGUAUCGAGCAAAAGAUCAGAGGAGUUUUGCUGUGUUCCAGUUGUACUCGGAAGUGGGGAUUUCCGAGUUUAUCUGGAAUGGGGGGGGCCCCCCCCCCCCCCUUAAGUCGGACGAUCCUCACCAACCCCAACUUGACA